CCAGUUUGGAGGGAGGGCAGUGGGAUGGAGCAGAUCAGAGCUCCACACAGAGCAGGGCUCACUGAGCUCUCAGACACAGGGACUGACAGGCUGGGGAUUGCUGAACUUUGGGAGAUCCUGCUGGGGGACCUGGAGAGUGUGAGCCCCCCAAUCUGCUGCAGCAAGGAAUCCAGUGAGUAUUUAAUGUGUGAUGCUGGGGGUGGGGGGGCACACUGAUUCUUAUCACCGAAUGCUUUUUAAACCGAUUUUAAACAGGUUUUAAACAGGUUUUGCUGUCUGUCCUGCUGUAUGGCUCAGGAAUUUACCAUUUUCGGGGAUUUCUGAAGUUCCAAUUCCCUGCAAGUCUCCCAGGGAUCAACUAACUCUCAGCAAGUCAGCAAAACAUGGGAUGUCUGGGAGACAGCUGGGGGUCUCCUCUAGCAUGCUGUAAUACAGAGUCAGCCUGUCCUAUAAUGUGCUGUAAUACAGAGUCAGCCUGUCCUAUAAUGUGCUGUAAUACAGAGUCAGCCUGUCCAUGUGCUGUAAUACAGUCAGCCUGUCCUAUAAUGUGCUGUAAUACAGAGUCAGCCUGUCCUGUAAUGUGCUCUAAUACAGUCAGCCUGUGCUCUAAUACAGAGUCAGCCUGCUGUAAUACAGAGUCAGCCUGUCCUGUAAUGUGCUCUAAUACAGUCAGCCUGUCCUAUAAUGUGCUGUAAUACAGAGUCAGAGUCAGCCUGUCCUGUAAUGUGCUGUAAUACAGAGUCAGCCUGUCCUAUAAUGUGCUGUAAUACAGAGUCAGCCUGUCCUAUAAUGUGCUGUAAUACAGAGUCAGCCUGUCCUGUACAAUGUGCUCUAAUACAGUCAGCCUGUCCUAUAAUGUGCUGUAAUACAGAGUCAGCCUGUCCUAUAAUGUGCUGUAAUACAGAGUCAGCCUGUCCUAUAAUGUGCUGUAAUACAGAGUCAGCCUGUCCUAUAAUGUGCUGUAAUACAGAGUCAGCCUGUCCUAUAAUGUGCUGUAAUACAGAGUCAGCCUGUCCUGUAAUGUGCUGUAAUACAGAGUCAGCCUGUCCUAUAAUGUGCUGUAAUACAGAGUCAGCCUGUCCUGUAAUGUGCUCUAAUACAGUCAGCCUGUCCUAUAAUGUGCUGUAAUACAGAGUCAGCCUGUCCUGUAAUGUGCUCUAAUACCGAGUCAGCCUGUCCUGUAAUGUGCUCUAAUACCGAGUCAGCCUGUCCUGUAAUGUGCUCUAAUACAGUCAGCCUGUCCUAUAAUGUGCUGUAAUACAGUCAGCCUGUCCUGUAAUGUGCUCUAAUACAGUCAGCCUGUCCUGUAAUGUGCUCUAAUACAGUCAGCCUGUCCUAUAAUGUGCUGUAAUACAGAGUCAGCCUGUCCUGUAAUGUGCUGUAAUACAGAGUCAGCCUGUCCUAUAAUGUGCUGUAAUACAGAGUCAGCCUGUCCUAUAAUGUGCUCUAAUACCGAGUCAGCCUGUCCUAUAAUGUGCUCUAAUACCGAGUCAGCCUGUCCUGUAAUGUGCUCUAAUACAGAGUCAGCCUGUCCUGUAAUGUGCUCUAAUACCGAGUCAGCCUGUCCUGUAAUGUGCUCUAAUACCGAGUCAGCCUGUCCUGUAAUGUGCUCUAAUACCGAGUCAGCCUGUCCUGUAAUGUGCUCUAAUACAGUCAGCCUGUCCUGUAAUGUGCUCUAAUACAGUCAGCCUGUCCUAUAAUGUGCUCUAAUACAGAGUCAGCCUGUCCUAUAAUGUGCUCUAAUACAGAGUCAGCCUGUCCUGUAAUGUGCUCUAAUACAGAGUCAGCCUGUCCUGUAAUGUGCUCUAAUACAGUCAGCCUGUCCUGUAAUGUGCUCUAAUACAGUCAGCCUGUCCUACAAUGUGCUGUAAUGCAGAGCCUCUCCUGUAAUGUACUGUAAUACAGAGUCAGCCUGUCCUGUAAUGUGCUCUAAUACUGAGUCAGCCUGUUCUGUAAUACAGAGUCAGCCUGUCCUGUAAUGUGCUCUAAUACAGAGUCAGGCUCUCUGCUCUCUCCUAGCAUGCUGUAAUACAGAGUCAGGUUUAUAAUCUUGCCACUUGUAUCCUUUAACAUGUUGUAAUACACAGUCUGUUGGAAUAGUAUACUGACAGCACAGAGCAUCCACUGAUGAACAUACUGUGUGCCUCUGGCUGCGAUGAAUGGGGGGGAGGUGAGACGGGGGCAUCACAGUCCAUUCUAACCCCCUCCUUUUAUAUCACUGGUUAUAUGUAGACGUUGUGCGACCUGCUCUGUUUACUGGAAAACCACAUACAAAGAAGUGGAUUUCAUUACAUCAUGACUUUUAUUACUUCAACUGGUGUAUGACAUCAGGGCUGGUGUAUGACAUCACGGCUGGUGUAUGACAUCACGGCUGGUGUAUUAUCCCAGUCUCAGCAAUGCUGUAGACUAGAGGGUGAAUUUUCUUGCUGUGUAGUGUUGCACAGACUGUGAAGGGUGAUUGGGAUUAAUUUUACAGAGCUAAUGUAGUUUUAACCUGUUUAAUAUACUUUGUUCCCGCUAGAUAUCUAAAUACCUAGAUCUGAUUACUCAUUGACACCCCAUCCCUGUGUACCCCAUGCUGUAGGGUUGGGAGGUAUACAGUGUUAUUUAAUAAAAUUAUAAUUAAUAUAAUUCAUUGUGUGUCCUGUUUUACCUAUUGUACGGUACUGCAGAACAUGUUGGCGCUAUACAAAUAAUUAUAACUGUAAAUUUCCCUUAAAGGAACAUUUUAGGCAUCAAAACAACUUUAGUUUAAUGAAGCAGUUUGUUGUAUGGAUCUUGUCCCUGUAGUCUCACGGCACAAUUCACUGCCAUUUAGAAGUUAAAUCACUUUUUGUUUCUGUUAAUGCAGCCCUGGCCACACCUCCACUGGCUGGGACUGACAGCCUGCAUGAAAACUAAUCUUAAUUUUCAAUCAGUUGUUAACUUGCUUUAGUAGUUUUUAUCACCUGAAAUAUUUUACAUACAAAGUAUUCCGAGGGAAAUAAAUAAUUUAUUCUAUUUGCUAUUUUAUUUAUGAAAUAAAGACUGUUUUUUUAUGAAAUGGCGCUGUGGGUGGCGACAGAUUACAGACUGGAUUCUUUACUGUAACGUUUACACAGAGAUUUAGCUGUUUGGAGAAAGUGAGGCAAAGCAGGGGCUUUAUACUGUAAACAAUCUCUCCAUCAUGGUCUGCGACUUCACUCAAGAAUGAGCCGUCUUUGAUCCGGGUUUCAGCUUUUGGUUGGUGUUCUGGUUUACAUUUUGUCGCCUGGGAAUGUGUUUGCAUUAGGUCGUACCUAGGACAGCUAGCCUAACUUGGAUCUUACAUUACCCCACAUUGUACAGCGCUACGGAAUCUGAUGGCGCUAUAUAAAUAAUAAAAUAAUAAUCACGCCACACGCACGUCACGAGAAUUACAUGUCACUUAUGACUGUUCACAACUGAUGGGAUCUGGACAAGUUUAUCACGGUUUCUAAGAAACUCUCCAUCUUCUGUUUGUUGUUAUCUUUCAAUAAUAGAAUGAAAACCAGAAUUGUAGAUCGAGUACCCUCUAUAAAUAUAUGACUAGAAAAAUCCACUUUUUGGAUACAAAUUCCUAAAGACAUUUCUUUGUGGUUUAAAAAAACAAAUUUUAAGUAAAAAAACAAAACAACCAAAAUCUAAAAUUUUCCUGAGAUUUUUCUUUGUUUUCUUUCUGUAUCACUGGUUUCCAAAUAACCCUGUAGCCAUCUGCAGUUGAAUUUGUGCCGAGAAUGAAUCUGCGAGUUUAGGAGCCAUUUCCUGUCCCUUUUUUUUUUUUUUUUUAUAAAUCCCUCCAAGUUCUGGUGUUUUUUUUUAGUUGUGUAUUUCAAUGUAAUGUUUAUUGCAUCAACUGUUGAGUUUUAGCCACAGGGUGAAGUUUGCAGGAUUACUAAGCGCUGAGAAUACUGUUUCACUGCGCAAGAAUGUUAGUAAUUUCCUCUCUGGUCGCUUGUGUUUAAAUACAUUAAGUCCAAACAGAGUGUUUUCAGAGAAACAUCUGGGGAUCAAAACACACUUAGAAUCCGGUAUGGCUUAUGGCUUGUUCCUUAAAAAAACAUCAUUUUAAAGAAUAUUUAUACAGAUUGCUACAAGGCAGACAAGAAAAUAUUUUCUACUUGAUAACUGUAUUUUUUUUAGUAAGUUAGUCAAGGCCCUUUUUUAUUUCUACGUGAUCUUGUUUAUAACACGCUCUGGCUCUGUAUAUCAGGAAUGUCACGUUCAGUCUCUUGUGCGUUAAUAACUGUUUUGGUGACUAGUAAUGGUGAGCUCACAAAAUGUUUUAAAAUUUAAGGCAAAAAACAUAACUUCAAGAUGUUGAAGGGUUUCCAGUGGUGAAACCAUAAUGGUGUUUAUAAGGGUGUAGUGUCAGUACUGCAUCUUCAUAGUGUGGGGCGCAGAGCCCAUGUGGUACCCCAUUAACUGCAUUUGUUGGGGUAAGACAGCAGUGUAUCCAAUAACCAUUAUAUGCAGUGCUGAUGGUGGGGAAUUUAACUUCAAGGUCACCGAGCUAAGGAUGAAGAGUUUUACAGCUUAAAGAAUCUAGGGCAGUCGUUAACCCCCCCAUAGCUACCCCCAAGAAGCCCCCCAUAGCUAUCCCUAGGUAACCCCAUAGCUACCCCCCAAGAAGCCCCCAUAGCUACCCAAGAAGCCCCCAUAGCUACCCCCAGGAAGCCCCCAUAUCUACCCCUAGGUAACCCCCUAUAACUACCCCCAAGAAGCCCCUCAUAGCUACCCCCAAGAAGCCCCCUAGCUACCCCAGAAGCCCCCAUAGUUACCCCUAGGUAACCCCCCAUAACUACCCAGGAACCCCCAUAGCUACCCCCAAGAAGCUCCCCCAUAGUUACCCCUAGGUAACCCCCCCAUAGCUAGUCCCAAGAAGACCCCAUAGUUACCCCUAGGUAACCCCCCCAAUUGCUACCCAAUUAAACCUCCAAAACUAACCCUUUAAUGUUUUGUAUCUUUCCCCGGCCGUGUUAAUAUAUAUCUGAUGUUUGUUAUAUAGCGAAUCAUACGCCAGAAUUUCAUAGCCUCCAAUUUAGUUUGUGAUUUAUUUUUUUUUAUGCUCCCAAUUCAUUUAGUGUGUUUUUUUUACCGAAGAGAAUAAAUUGAGAUUUUCGAAUACAUCGAGUUGUGACAUCAAAGACUGAAUACAUUAGUUAAAUGUACAUUACAUUAGUUAAAUGUACAUACAUUAGUUUUACGGAUGCCAAGAGGAGAAUAAAAGGGAUCUUUGGGGUUACCAGCUCAAUGUGAGCCAGCAGAAUAUUUGGGUGAAUUGGAAGAGGGAUUCAUAUUGUGUUACUGUUACUAAGUUAGUAAUGAUUUGUAACAACAUAGAAAGAUGUAAAUACGCUCGGAAAUUGACAUAUUAUUAUAAAAGGGACUCUCUAACCAAGCAAUCACUAUUUAUAGCUGCGUGUAGUGGUAAUGGUGCCCACUGCGCUCCCAGCCUAUAACUGCGUGUGAAUUCUACAUUACCUGGAGACGGGGCAGUGCCUGGGAGAACCCCACUUAGUGCCAGUCCAUUCCCAAAUGGGUUUAUAAGGAUAGUGCCCAUAGACACCAUAACCACUACAAUGCGUAGGCUCCAUAGUUUCCAUUUUUUUACCCAACCAUUUCUCUUUGUUUUUGCCCUUUAUUGGGAGUGUUUCCAGUUAAAAGGCUGAAUUAUCAGCGGUUUUAUACUUAAAGGAACACGCUAUUAAAAAAUUUUUAAAAUACUUUUUUUUUUUUUUUCCUCUCUCUCUGUUUUCCUUAAUCAAUUAAGAUUUACAAUCUCAACUUAAAAUAAAUAAACAAAUUCACAGUUGAACUUUCCUGUAAUCUCGCACGAAGUCAGACUCCUUAUAGCAACCUGAUCCGCCAUCUCUGAAAUCGUCAAUCCUGAUGACUAUUGUCCAAUACAAUGUUUGAGAACACACUGCACAUGUGCGACUAUUGCUGUAAUCAGCCCAUACAGUGUUUGAGAACACACUGCGCAUGUGCGGCUAUUGCUGUAAUCAGCCAAUACAGUGUUUGAGAACACACUGCGCAUGUGCGGCUAUUGCUGUAAUCAGCCAAUACAAUGUUUGGGAACACACUGCGCAUGUGCGGCUAUUGCUGUAAUCAGCCCAUACAAUGCUUUUCAUAGAGAAACGCUGGACGCACCCAGUGUCCGGAAGUAGCGAAGUUUGUUAUACUGAAUCUAGUUUAUUCCAAAGUCCCCAGCUGCUGUCUGAUUGACAGGUACUAGAGGCAUGGAAAUGAAGUCAGGAGAACCUGGGGUGUAGUGAUGGUACAGGCAGUCCAGUCCAUGGCUGCUUUCAGCUCCUACAUCAGCAGUUUCACAGCACAUUCCAUUCUACAGAGCCUCGAUGGAAUAUGUGUGGAUGGGUUUGGAUACAGGAACCAUCCGCUGCAUAUUAACUAGACAUGCUCCCGGCUGCCUGCAGUGCUGUGAAUUACCCGGCUCUGGAUAUUAAACCUAGUUACUGUAAUUAUAUUACAAGUUUACUGAAGUGGAGAAUGGGUUUAUUGGCAUUACUCACUCUGGGUUUGUUUAAUUGGUGUCGACAUAUCACUUACCCUGACAUGGUCAUAGCAAUUAUUUUAAUGCACUAAACCAAUUAGCGAAGGUUAGUGAGCUGUGAAGUUUGUCACAUUCAUUUUAUUCCCUUGUGAUAUAACUUUCCUCCCGCCCUGCGUGUGAUGUUGGAAGUGUCUGCAGUUUACCAGCCCUUCUAAAUGAGUGUAUUUGUUUCUUCGUGUUAAUGUAUCUGUCUAGAAAGCAGAUUGAGAAUGUUGGAAACCAUUGGAAUACUGUAUCCAUAGAGUGUCACAGAAUGAUUGUUGAGGAGGCCUGACUGUCUCUCUCUUUAGAAUACACAGACCUUACAGGGUCCCCAUGAAGGUUAGGCCCCAAAUCCCUUUAAAUAAGCGUUACUGAAUCCCACUGGCAUGUUCCGUAUUGACUCCCGGUAAUCUUUGUUGGACCAGUUUGCUUGAAGGAAUUAUACCAAGCGUAGAAUCCAUAUUACUGUGUCCUGUUACAGAAGGGUUUGUGCAAAAAUGCCUGUCGUAUAGGAGAUUAGACAUUUUGGGGGUAUAUUCACUAAACUUGGAAAUCACGGACAAAAUAGCAGUACUACUGUAUCAUUGCUCCAAUUCGCCAAUGUUUGCAGGUGACAUAUAUUGGUAUAAAAUGACCAAAUACCUCGCUCGUUCUCUAGAAUUCUCAAUUUAGUGGGAACCCCCAAUAUUACAGUAACUAGUAUUGUCAUAUUGUUGAAUAUAUUAAUUGGAGGCAAUUCAGAGUCCUGGGAACAAUAGUGUACCUGGGCCAAGACUAUUUCCACCAGGAUAUGAAAGUGUUUAAUUUCUGCUUCUUGCCAAGAAUUUCUAAAGAAUGUCAGAAGAUUCAAAGCCGGCGACUAACCGUGUGCCAACUAUUUCUUGGAUUCAUAGAAUGCACAUUUACAUAACCGCCAACUACUGGUGGCACUCCAAACCGGUAUCUUCAACGUGUUCUAGUUAAUAAUAUAAAAUCAUAAGCGAGCGCAAAAAUUACAAUUGAUAGUAGAAAAACACUUAGAUAUGGAUUCUCUACUAUAGAGCUGCCAGAUACUUAAAUACCUCCCAAGUAUUAAAAAUUCAAAAACAAUGCAUAAAACAACUGUAUCAGCACUUGGUAGACCAAUCCCUUAUAUAUAAAUAUGGGGACAGAGAUAAAAAUGCUCUAAAGUCUGAUAAAAUAUACUUCUACAAUGUCCAGUGCAAGUGUCAGAGUUGAGAUAUAUCCAAAUGAGUAGUCUUAAUGUAAGGAUAUUCCUACGCUGUGUGAGGUUUUAAGCUGGUAAAGGGAAACCGAUCCUCUUUCACUCCGUGUCUUUAUAUCUGCUCAACUACUUUGUAUCAACAUUCAAGAAAGAUACUUAACAUAGCGUAAAACAGUUACACAUUUAUUUCCCAAGCAAAAAGACCCCCAUAUAAAAACUCUUACAAGAAAUUAUAUUGAACACUUAUUUUUAAGUUUCACAAAAUAUGAAGUAGUACAAUGCGGUGUACUCGCCGUUGGAAGAUUUAAUGCUGCUCCAUGUAUCAGUCCUGUGCACUUGGACUGAUUGCGUUGCAGAGAUGCUCUUCUGUCCUACCGCAUUGGUUCCUACCAGGUUUAAAAAGUCAAUCCCGCCAGUUUCAUUAACGCAUUUCGUCCGUUAAAACCGGACGUUUUCAAGAUGACCAAUCAGGGGGAUUUGAGUGGUUUAAAGUGUUCUAGUUAAUGCUUAGUGCAGCAAACUCUCGACUAGCAUUUAAUAACCGGAAAGGGACGGGUCCAAAUUAGACAGAAAUUGUGGCCCUUAAUCCAUUUGGUCUUGUAGAGCCCCACUGGAUACAUAGCCCACCACAGCUAUCAUGCCAAGACUAGCAUUUGCAGGCCUUACAGAGUAACUUUAUUAUGGUCACUGGUAUUAUUAUUAUUAUUUAUAUAGCGCCAGCAAAUUCCAUAGCGCUGGUAUGUACCUACUUAGGAAUGUUUGCCAUAUUGUGUUACUUGGACAUGGGAGGGUGGGGGGAUUACUUGGCACAAAAUAAAUAGUUUUUCAUUUGUCCUGUAGGCAUGAACUGUAUCAAAUAAGAUCUGGAAAAAGUGAGCGUUUGUGGAAAGUCAGUCCUACAUUAGCCGUAAUUUGUAACAGAUGCAGAGUUCUAUGUGACUCCGACAUUUUCGAUGAUCUCAGCUGGUUUUCUGUAAGAGCAGGGACCCCAGAUGGAAUAUACAGAUUACAGCUGUGGUUACCCAAUCUGCAGAUUCAAGGAUUUGAUUUGUGCUAAACUGGUUUCUUGUGCUGAUUUAGGCCUUUAGAAAAACACUUUUAGAACCCGAGCGAGUAGUGAUGGCUACACAGUCUUCUAAAUUCUGCACUAAGCGACUCCCCCCUGCACUCACUCUGGCUCCCCCUGCGUUCACUCAGGAAGUAGUAACUGCCCCCUGCACUCACUCAGGAAGUAGUAACCGCCCCUGCACUCACUCUGGCUCCCCCUGCACUCACUCAGGAAGUAGUAACUGCCCCGUGCACUCACUCAGGAAGUAGUAACUGCCCCGUGCACUCACUCAGGAAGUAGUAACUGCCCCCUGGACUCACUCAGGAAGUAGUAACCGCCCCCUGCACUCACUCUGGCUCCCCCUGCACUCACUCUGGCUCCCUGUGCACUCUCUCAGGAAGUAGUAACUGCCCCCUGCACUCACUCUGGCUCCCCCUGCACUCACUCAGGAAGUAGUAACUGGCCCCUGCACUCACUCAGGAAGUAGUAACCGCCCCCUGCACUCACUCUGGCUCCCCCUGCACUCACUCAGGAAGUAGUAACUGCCCCCUGCACCCACUCUGGCUCCCCCUGCACUCACUCUGGCUUCCCGCAGGGUUGCUCAGUAUAGGAUCCAGCAGGAAGAAACGGGCAUCACAUCGAGAUUAUCCAGUGAUAAAAUUCUUUUCGUAGAAGCCCCAUAUGGCCUAAUGCACAAAUCAAAUACACGGCAUAUGGGGCUUCACUAAAAGGACUUUAAUCGCUGAACAAUCUCCGUGCAAAGCCGUUUCUGUUGGAUCACGUAUCUCUGUCUGUUGUUUAAAUACAUCCUUGGGGUUUAUUUUGUAAACCAUGAAUGCUCAAAGUUUAGGCAAAAACUGUUGAAAACUGGAAAAUUCACCAACUUACUUUUCUUUUCAGCUAAAAUAUUAUGUCCAAUUUCCGUUCCCCUUGUUAUUUCUCCACAGUUUCUGCUUCAGUAAAUAGCCCACCUGCUUAAAGAACUCAGGCCAUGGAGAAGAUCCUGGGUCCAUGGUAUCAGUACAUUAUUCUCCACCAGUGUAAAUGGCACAAAGAUGAUUUAUUAUAGGGCUAGAUUUAGGGCUCUCGGAAACCUCCAUACUGUGCAUCCGGAAAUAUGUUUAUACACAGCUGUGUGAAUACCAUCCUCACUCUCUUGGGACCUGAAGAUUUAAUAGCGUUGCUCUUGGAAAUUAACCUAAAACCACAUCUUGGCUGAUGCAUAUUCAGCUCCGCCCGGAUCAUAACCAGUGUGUCCGAACUACACCAGAACUCCAGGUAACAUAUUUUUAGUUUCGUAACUUGUAAUAUUCACGGGCAGCCUGUCAGAGCUAAACCAGAGCUCCAGAUAACAUAUCGUCGAUUUCGUAACUUGUCACACUCACAGCCAGCCUGUCUGAGUUACACCAGAGCUCCAGGUAACGUAUCAUCGAUUCAGUAACUUGUCACAUUCACGCCCAUUGUGUCCGAGCUACACCAGAGCUCUAUGUAACGUAUCGCAGAUUCCUUUACUUAUCACAUUUACAUCCAGUCUGUCCGAGCUACACCAAAGCUCUAUGUAACAUAUAGAUUCGCUGUUUCCGUGACUUGUCUUGGCCGUACAAGGAGGGCAUGAAAUGAGAACUUAUGAAGUCUGAUUUCCUCUGCUUAUGUCAGAUAUGGGUUAAUCACUAUCCUGCAAAUUAUGGCAAGAGAAUUAGAAGUUUCAGACUAAAAUAGCCAAGUUUGAAAAACAGACAAUUCUGAGAAUUUUUCCAGCUCCUCCAUUUUAGGAGCAGAACCUGACAUCAUGAGACCCAAUCUUCUGCUACCCAGAGAUCCACUGAUAGUCCACCUUGGUCUACUCAAAACCUAGAAUCCAUUGAAUAAUCUAAUAGAUCAUAGAUAGGGCUAAAUCACAGUUAAUUGGGGACAGAACUGUGUUCAGGCUCCAUAAAGUGCUCGUUAUACAGAAUAGAUAUAGAUAAAGCCUCUUAUACAGAUUAUAUAUAAAUAACACUGUCUUACUACAGCUUUCAAAGUGUCCUGCCUGGCGUUACCUAUUAUAAAUAGAUCUAUUUUUCGAUGUAUCGAAGGUAAAGGGAGUUUUCCUUCUUUAAACAGUGAUAAAUUUCGUGUUAUGUGUGUAGAAACGUACAGUAACAUAUCUAGAAAUAAGGAGAACUGAUAAGUGUCUGUUUUGGCCUAAAAACUGAAGUUCAAAUGGAAAUAAAGGAUUAACCUCUGUGAUUUCCAUAAUUUCUAGUUUAGUUAACGAGUCUCAAUGUGUGAGCAAGUUGUAAAUAUUCUCUGUUAAUCAGCCAUUUUUAUUUCUGAUCUCUGCCUCUCUGUGAAAUUUAUUCACUCAGCAAUGAAUUGUGCAAACUGAAAAUCUGCAGGAAGAUACCCGCUCCCACUGCGCUCAGCCUAUCAUUGCAGUCCAGGUUGGACACAUUCCUACUUGGUAAAGAGGAAGUGUAAUUUCCACAUUAUCAGUAUGGUAGCAGAGGGGCGUGGCUAUGGGUGGCAGGAAGAGACCCGCCCCAGUGUGCUCAGCCUAUCAUUGCAGUCCAGGUUGCACACAUUCCUACUUGGUAAAGAGGAAGUGUAAUUUCCACAUUAUCAGUAUGGUAGCAGAGGGGCGUGGCUAUGGGUGGCAGGAAGAGACCCGCCCCAGUGUGCUCAGCCUAUCAUUGCAGUCCAGGUUGCACACAUUCCUACUUGGUAAAGAGGAAGUGUAAUUUCCACAUUAUCAGUAUGGUAGCAGAGGGGCGGGGCUAUGGGUGGCAGGAAGAGACCCGCCCCAGUGCGCUCAGCCUAUCAUUGCAGUCCAGGUUGCACACAUUCCUACUUGGUAAAGAGGAAGUGUAAUUUCCACAUUAUCAGUAUGGUAGCAGAGGGGCGGGGCUAUGGGUGGCAGGAAGAGACCCGCCCCAGUGUGCUCAGCCUAUCAUUGCAGUCCAGGUUGGACACAUUCCUACUUGGUAAAGAGGAAGUGUAAUUUCCACAUUAUCAGUAUGGUAGCAGAGGGGCGUGGCUAUGGGUGGCAGGAAGAGACCAGCCCCAGUGCGCUCAGCCUAUCAUUGCAGUCCAGGUUGGACACAUUCCUACUUGGUAAAGAGGAAGUGUAAUUUCCACAUUAUCAGUGUGAAGGAUCCUGCUAUCUCUGUAGUACCGAUCCUUGCAGCUUCUCCCGAACUCCCAGUAGAAUAAUAACGAAGUAGUGAUUAUAGCUCCCAAUUCCCCCAAACACGAGUCGAGGCUUCAUGAAGGGGUAAAACGAUCUGACUUAUUGAUGGCCAAACUCAGCCUUUUAUGGUGGUCUCCCAGCAAGGAAACUCCCACAGGGGACCUUGUGGAAAACUUUAACAAAAUAUACAGAACCAAUCAGUUUACAGUACAAUUAUUAAACACACCCACAGUAACAGUGCAAACCCUCCCCUCUAUCCUGGAGAUAAUUCACUUAAUUCUCUCCAGGUAGAGAAAACAUGUCCUUUUUACAUUUUGACAAAACUGUAUUAAAGUCUAUAACUCAUAUUUGGCUGAACGUAGUCUCCAUGUUCCACAUAACCCCAGAUAGCUUGGAUCUGAGCACACAAUAUAGACGAAUAGCGCUCAGAUCCCACGAACACAGUUCUCAAUAUCGUCGAGUAAAGUUUUUAGUUCACCGGUUGUUCGGGAAAUUGAAUCCGAAAAGAGUUCCAUAACUGUAGCUACCUGGGGUCGGUCUAGCUCGUAUAAUAGGAAAGUCCCGAAAGUGUUCAGGAGUUAUUAACCGAAUGGACAGGAACUUGGUGCGCUUCAGCGGUGCGCGGCUAAAUAAGUGUCCGAAAACAGUUCCAGAGGGUCGACGACCAUCUACCUCUGAGUGUUCGAUUUUAAAAUGGCGACCGCCACGUGUUCGGCAAAUGAACGUGGACCACCAAGCCUUUCAUCAAUUACCUUGCGGUUAGCCGCAAGGUCUGGGUUGUAAAUGAGCUGCACACGACCCUGGUGGGAGGUCGGGUGGUUCGGGAGUUUGUUCGGCUCUUUUACAAAUACACGAAAUAGCCAAACACACGAAUAUUUAGACGAAAUGCUGUUUCUCUGAGUAUGUCCAAACAGGGAUUUCGUCACAAUCAGUAUGGCAGCAGAGGGGUGGGGUUAUGGGUGGCAGGAAGAUACCUGCCUCAGUGCGCUCAGCCUAUCAUUGUAGUCCAGGUUGGACAGAUUCCUAUUUGGUAAAGAGGAAGUGUCAUUUCCACAUUAUCAGUAUGGCAGCAGAGAGGCGGGGCUACGGGUGGCAGGAAGAUCCACAGUUUUUAUGGAACUGCUCCAAUACAGUGCAUUUAUAGCAUCCCCAUUGUGUAUGGCAAGUGUUUAAUAUUUCAUGUACAUUGGUAUCACCUAAGCCUUUACAUUGGAGUCCGUCACAGAAUUGUAUUUGGGUCCAUUUUAGUGACACAGUCUCCAGCUAGCAUGACCUCUAGGAGCUGGUGGAGAAAAUGACUUUAUAGGACGUUGUAGUAAAUUUGACCUUAAUUAUUGCUCGUCUGUCAGGUGGCAGAUCGAUUUUGGGCAAUUUUAGAUUAUAAUUGUUAUGACAGUAUUUAAGGAACACCUGUAAUCCUUUUCUUAGUCUUCAUCCUAUACGUUUGGUUUCUUUGUUUUCACUAUGGCGGUGUCUGCAUUCACAUGUGCUGUCUACCUAGUAAUAGGUCGUUAGUAAAUAUGGAGGAUAGAUCAGGCUAAGAAUUGAACCGUGGGGAAUGUGAAAUCUAGCUGUUGAUGGAGGUGUAUUGGGUUCUGUCCGAUAAGUCACUGUUCGCUCCUUUGUAGCAGUGCAAUCUGUUGAGGUUUUGUGUCCCAGACUCCCUUACACAAGCACUUCCAUUCUCUGCAGACUGAGAGCAUUAACACGUUACACGUCAAAGAACUUUCAUGCCUACUUGCCGAAUCUCACAUGUCCGGAGAUUACAGCCAGCAAUGAAUGGGGAAUGGAAAUGCUCAGAUUUGGUGUCCUCUGAAUAUUAAAGCGUAGAACGUCUGAUUAUUCAUAGCUCUUAGCACAUGUCAGGCUGAUAGACAGUUGCAAGUUGAAAUCCUGACCUCAUUUACUGUUUUUUGAGAUAAAAUGUAAAAGAGAUGCAUAAUACGUUGUUAGUACAAUGUCUAGAUUACAUUUUAUAACCCACCUAAAGCUGAAUCUGUCACGCACACACACAUUUUGUAAAAGACGGAGCCACUUAAACAGAGACUAUCGCCAAUCUGAACAAAACACACAGUGAUUAGUAAGAAAAGCUCACUUACCUUGACUAUGGGGUAUGUUAUCUUAAAGCACCUUGUUCAAAUCGUUGCUUGCACUCGAAUUCCCUAUAAGUGGUCUACAUACAUUCAAGAAGUCAUGUGGGUUGAGGUCAUUUGCAUGAAAUGCCCUCGAAUGCCUUUGAAUAUUGACUUUUGUCUUAAAAUACAAUUUUAUCAUGUUUUGAAGCAUUCAGCUUCAGUUAGGGAGCAAUGAUUAACAUUUGUGCAGAGGAAGAAUUUACUUGGAUAAGUUGAUACAUUAACUGUGACUAACCAUAACUGGCUCGAAAAACAAUCUAUACUAUAUGCCAAGAAGCAAGUGGGCUUUUAGGAUUCUGAUUUGAGUUCAGUCAUUGAAUCAGAGAGCAAAUAAACACUGUAGGGUUAAAUAUUUCAUGUGGGUAUAAAACCAUUCAUUAUUUGUAGGUAUUUCAAGCUGUUUCGAAGUAGCUACAGAGAAUUUCAGACUAUUGGAAGAUCUGAAGGUUUUCGGAACAUUUGUCCACUGUUACAGGGGUAUGUUUGGGAAUGUUGCUGCAAGUUUAUAACUGGGAAUAGUGCGUAACAGUCUGGAAGUAGGCCCGAAGGAGAGGAGUGUGAACCUGGAGUGAGUCAACUGCUCCCGAAAGAUGGGAAUUUGUAGCAAUUGAGGAGUAGUCCUGAUUGUACCAACCAACCUCCCCUAUGCGUACUUUCUAAUGAAGUUAAACAUUUCCCAAGCUGCCAUCUCUGCCUUCUACAGCACCAUUUUUUUUACUUUCUGAAUUAACACAAUGAGUUAGUCACUAAACUCUACAUUUUCACUAAUUAAAAUCUGAAUGGAAAAUGAAAACUAAAAUAGCUCAUAUUCACAAAUUAUCCAACCGAGCUUGGCUACUCGACCCUAAAUGUUCUAAUUCAGGUUUUAAUUCAGUAAAGGUGGAGUUUGGUAAAUAACACUGUAAAAUGUGUGUUAUAGGGAUCUAUUAAAACCCUUGUGAAUGAGACACACAAUAAAUGAUUUUUAUUAUAGGGCAUUUGGACGCUAUACCGACAUAUCACCUGAUGCACAUUUUCUCUUUAAAUACCAUUUUGUAUCACACGGUAAUUUGCGAUAUGAUUCAGAAGUUGAUCUGUAAAUCAUGUACCCUGUAUUACCAUAUUUUGAAACCUCACUGGCUGGGUCACUGUCCGGGUUAUUUACUAAGGUGAGAUCUCUUAGUAAGUGAAUUUUACCUUCAAAGCCCUUGUACCUAAACUGGAAGCCAAGCUGAUUUUGGAGAUAUAUUUUCACUUUAAUUUCAUAACAAUUCUCAGAUUAUAGCUGUGUGUUUCUGAAACCUCCGGCCACUCUGACCACAGUACGCCACAUACUCCUCGUGUUCUGAAAAUUCUGAGAAUAGAGAGCGGUGCCACGGACUGCAUGUGAACACACCAUGGCUCUACCUAGAGCUUAGAAUGGCCCGACCACUAAACAGUGCACCUCGCGGUGUGCGAACUGCUAGCAGCCACGAUAUCUGCCUAGAGCCUAGCGUGGCCUGACCACUAAACAGUGCACCUCGCGGUGUGCGAACUGCUAGCAGCCACGAUAUCUGCCUAUUGUAUGCGUGUGUAUAAACAUAUAAUAAUUUAAUCUUUUUUGGGGGAAAUAAAUAUAUUUAUCACAUAGCACCAAAAAAACGUUUUUCUUUCCAAAAUCUCUGUUAACCUGGAUCUGUCCGGAGAGAAUUUAAUAUUCACAGAAGUUAACUUUCCUCCUGUGUUUCCGUCAAGCAUAACUGAACAUGGCUGGUGAUCUGACUGCUGGCCUUCCUUUGAAAUGGAUCAGAUCAUGAAUAUUCUGAACGCGUUAUUUCAUGCCAUUUCAUGUGCUAUUGGAUGAAACACACGCAGGGCGUCCUGCUGUGCAGAGAAGAGAGCCUUCAGAUAAUGUUAAACUCUGCUGACAGUGUGCUCAGUGCUACUCUGCAAGGCAUCAUCCGUGAUUUAAAAAAACAAAACAUUUAAUUUAAAAUGACCGCUAUUGUGGUAGCUACCAAUAUGUCCACCUGCAGCCCUCGGCGCUGUCUGUGACUGUGACACCAACAUGCUAACUGACUACAAUUCCCACAAUGCUUGGCAAUCCUUUGUCAUUUGGACCUUGGACAAAGAAUCAUGGGAGUAAUUAAACAGCAUCCAAUUUUCUAGAUAAAAAGACUUUAAAUGUCAUCAUUCCUUCAUUCAGAUUAUGUUAGUUGGAGGUGUUGGUGUUUUAUAAAUAAUAAUGCAAAAAUACACAAGUUGCACGUCCACCUUUUACCUUUUGAUCAUUGGGGAUAAAACCAAUAAAAACCUCGUGUCCUCUUUGGUUUGGGGGAUUUUGCUCAGUGAGUGGGUACAGAGUUUAGUGUUAGUAAUUAUUAGCACGCCCCAUGAUGUCAUCUGGAAUAAUGUUAUGGUCUAUUAUAAUGGGGCGUCUAUGGUCAGGAUGGGAGAUUCAAGCACGGGUGUUUUACUGUGGCGUAGAGAUGUAUUGAUUAGUAGUUAUGGUUAACAAUUAGCGGGUGACGUUCUUUAGGGUUAUGAUUAGGGGUUAAGGUUCCACUAAGGGUCAGGGGUUAAGAAUAGACAGAGUUUAGGGGGAUAAAGGUUAGUGGCAAAAGUGCUGGCAGUGAGGGAUUCAGUUUAACCCCUUUAUCACCGCCAGUGUGCCUAGACUGCCAACCUAUUGCCCUGGGUCGGUGGAAGGCAUUGGGUUUAAGGGUUUGGGAGAAACUUUUAAAAUAUAAUUUAGGGCAUUCCUUGCUCCUAUUGACCUGCACAGAUUUCUGCCAAAAUGAUUAACACAUUCACACAACAACCAAUCCCUGAAAUGAUUAGAUUCCUUUAAGGUUUUUUUUGAAGCCGAGUAACCCGUCAGGCGGGUGUUUUUAGGAACAUGUUGAAGUGCAAUACUCGUGGGAAGCAGGCUCUGGGGGCUUAUUUAUUAAACCAAUACUGUAUGUUUUCCGUCUGUACCAUGUAUGAGAAUUAAACAAGUCACGUUUGUCCCCGGACCAUGACGAGACGUGGCUGUUACCGUUAAGGGUUUGGAGAGUGCAAUGUCUGCACAAGCAGCAGUCUGGGAGUCCGACGUGCACUUACUGCGCACUAUCAGGACAAACAAUUCAAGGAAGAUCUCAUCUGUUAUAACCGUGUAAAAUAAUAUAGGUUUUAUUUACUAAAGGGAAAAUUCAAAGUGAAUUUCAAAUAAAGGCCAGACUAGUCGAACCGAGAGCAUAGCUGGUGUCGAGAGUUUUUCCAGUUUGGCUGUUUUAACCUUAAUUUUAAAUUAACUUUGAAUUCUCCCUCUAGCACAUAACCCGGUAUAUUUCAUGGAACGUUUUCAGGGUAAAUUUAUGGAACAUUCUGACAUUCAAGGCUCUCUGGAUAGAACCCAGUUCAGCAUUGCUGGGACUACAAUUCCUAUAAUCCAAUAACGGCCAAGUACUGCAGGGCUGGAAUACUUUCUGUGUACCACUAUCAGGAUUGCUAUUUAUUUGGGGGAGGGGGUUUAUUUUCUUAUAAAUAGGUAUACAUGGUAGCAUGUAUCUUCAUCUAAUGAGACAUUGUGUGUGAAAAGUUUAUACUCCCGCUAUUCACUACCACAGAUGUGCAAAAAUCCAAGUUAUGAGUCGUGCAAAGUCAUGCAAUGUCAGAAGCCCCGUGGCCUAUUCCUCGGGGGUUCUAUUUAUUUAUGAAAUACACAUAGAGAUACGUAUUACAUUGGUUUUUAAAAGGGGUCAAAUUUUUUUAUAGUGCAUUUUUGUAAGGUUUUUUGCAGAUUUUCAUUUCCACAAAUUCCAAAAUAAAUGUACUUUUAAAAAAACUUUUGCAGAUAAAGCGAUGUUCUGUUCACAUUGUGAUCCCAUUAGACUUCAUUUGCAUUUUCCCUGAUUCUUCCAAUCAUCAAUUAUUCAGGAAACCUUCUCUGACAUUUUCUGAUUAGCUGAACGACAGGAAAAAUCAAUAGCAAUUAUUUAUUUUUUCUUUAUUUAGAUGAAUCUAUAAAAAUGUUUUAAAAACCAGUCUUAACUUCUCGAUAUUGGCAAGCUGAUUGUGAUUGAGAGUCCGUGAUAUCCGAGAUAAAGGAAUAAUAAAUGUACUUGUUUUGUGGCCGUUUCUGGCUGCAGCUGUAAACCAGUGAUCACUUAUCAUAUCUCGCUGAGCAUUAUGGCGAAUGUACUGACUGACUUGACUGACGCUAUUCCCUUUUAAUUUUUUUUGCAGUGUUUAUUCUGGAUUUAGAGGGCCGUGCGUGUACCUAGAAUGAAGAUGGUGAUUCUGGAAAGUCGAGCGGUAUUGGGGUGCUCUGAGAGUGUGAGGUGCCAGACUGGGCAAAGAGCGCCACAGUGACACCCUAAUAGCACCCACUGCAAAAUGAGCAAACUGAGCUUCCAAAAUAACAGAGUUAUGCAGGAUCGACGGAGCGUCUGCGUGUUCCUACCCAAUGAUGACACGUUAAAUAUCAUCAUAAAUGUAAGUAUGUUCUGCGACUUCUUCCAGUGUGUAGAUUGUAAGCUCUGUGGGUUAGAGAUUUUGCACACUCUAUUAGAAUGUCUGUUGAACAUUGUGCUUACUGAGUGCCCACACCUGCUGCAGCAAAUUUAUUUUUUGCAAUCAAAUUGUGAACAAACGUGGCAUACACUCGUGUGUUGUGUGAGGCGGAAGGUACAGGGGGAAAAAGAAAGUACCCCCUCUUUGAAUUCUAUGGUUUUACUUAAAAACAUUCAUCAGUUCGGUAGCAGGUCGUAGAAUUGGGUAAAUACAACCGGAGAUGAACAACACAUGACAUUACACCACGUCAUGAUUUAUUUAACAAAUAUGAAGCCAAAAUGGAAAAGUAACUGUAUCUGUCUCUGUGGAGUAGAUGUACCGAUACUCAGAAAUUCGAAGUUAGUUUGAAAAGAAUUUUACAUUUUAGGACAAUAUAGUCAAACCUGGUAUUUCGAAUUCAGGUAUUUUGGCAUAAAAUGUGACAUUUCCUUUGAAUUCUUUGAACCUUGAGUGUGUGAGCUCAUGGGAUAUUUAGCAAAAUACUUUGUAUGAACGAACUUCAGUGGCGAGAUUUAUUGGUCUCUGUAUAUUGGACUGUCCUUUUCACCAAUUGUACAGCGCUGCGGAAUAUGUUGGUGCUUUAUAAAUGCCAGUAAUAAUAAUUCUCAUCAGUUAAUGUUUUAGUAUAUAUCUGUGGGAAUGUAGAACAGAAGCAGACUGUAUGAGUGCAGGGUUUUGAAAAUACCGAGCCCUGACGCAGAGUUUAUUGACAAUUCUAUGAUUUCAACAUUAAAACGAGCAUUGUUCUUCCUGCUAAACGAUAUGUUUGUAUGUUACAGGUUAAAGCACUUUGCCAGGAGUUACUAGUCCAGGUGUGUGACCUGCUCCGGCUAAAAGAUUGUCAUCUCUUCGGGCUCAGCGUCAUACAGAGUAAGUAGCAGUAGCAAACGGCAGCUGUCACGUCCCAGGAUUGUUAAUAUUGUGUUUUCAUUUAUCCCUAUAUUUAAUAAAUAUGUAUUUGUGAGGUGUGAAAAAUAAAAUAAAAAAAGGUAGAAGUUCACACCCGUUUAACGACUUUAUAACUCUGACAUGUUGCUGGUUUUUUUCCAUGUCAUUCAUGAAUUCUGCAUUCUGAGUUUGCAAGGAUUGAAGUGCUGCCCUGCAGUAUGUGGAAUUAUUGUGCUCCCGGUGUGAAAUCAAUUUAUCACUGCAGCUCCUUUUUGGUUUUCCUUCUGUGAUUACUAAAUUAGGAUCACAUCAGGAGUAUGUGAAUUCCGCAUACUGUCUGGAAGCUUUUCGAAGUCCUGCCCCACAGAGUGAAGAAUUAAUAAAGCACUAUACAUAGUGUCGAAGUGUUAGCUGUGUGUUGCCUGCAUGCUGGCACUCAGGGGGUUAAACCGGCAGCCUCCCAUGCGGUGUUUCUGAUAAACGAGCACAGCUGAGGCUCAUGAGCCGCUCCUUGCAUUCCUGCUAACACUCAGAGAAGAUUCUACACAGAGAGCGUGUAACAAACUGAACAAAAUGCCACCAACCGGGGCCGUCACUUCAUGGCGCUCACUCACAGGAUGGACACCGACUCUGCGAUUCUUUCAGAGAACACAAGAAACGUGAAGAUUGAAGAAGUAAAUUAGCUGCAGGGAUCGGAACGUGUCAUGCAAAACACAGCAAUUCCAGAUAUUAGUGACGGCUUUUGCCAAAUACGCAUUCCUGCUGUGGGCAGUACAUGAAAAGAGCUGCCUUGUGUUAUACAAUAUCCAUAUUAUAUAUAUAUGCAUUGAUGGGCAGUGCAUGGAAAGUGCUUCCCUGAAGUGUGUUCAGUUCCAGGUCUGCCAGAAGAAUGAGUUUGUAGAAUCCACAAUCUAUAACACGUUAGGUUUAAUACAUGAAGUGGGCAGCAGUUUUCAUAUGAUACACAACAGCACGACAAUACUAAUCUCAAUGUACACCGUGUGAGGGUCACCGUUAAACAAUGCCAUCCAGUUCAUGGGAUUUGUUCAAAUUCACUCUGAAAUUGCACGUUUUAGGCCAAACUAAUAAAGUUGAAGGAAUUGUGCCGUUUUAGCCUGAAACUUGUAAUAUUCUUGUUGUUUAGUAAAAAUUCCUUAGUUUGGGUUUCCCAGGGUAUCAUCGCCCAUUGAACACAGCAGCAGAUUGUCACAUUAUUCAGAUUAAAUGAAGACUGCAGACAUCCGCCUACAUUGAAUGAGAAUUACCCGAAUUAUUCAUUUUUUUUAUACUGGAAACCUCCAUUCUUUGGCAGUAAUAUAACAAUGAUUGUAUUCAGAAAAGGAAUUAUGACUUCUCUGGAAUUUACUCUAUAUUAAAGGAACACGAUAGCGUUAGGAAUGGAAACAUAUAUUCUCUUUACUGUUUAGAUUCAGGGAAAAUGUUUUAACCCCUUAAGGACCAAACUUCUGGAAUAAAAGGGAAUCAUGACAUCACACGUCAUGUGUCCUUAAGGGGUGAAAGCAGACCAUCUUUUGUCUAAUCCCAGCAGCCGUUGUGGGUUUCAGGAUUUGUCUGUGGAUAAGAAUCGCUUAUUUAAUAAGCGCUGCUUUCCUCCAAUCAAAGGCUUUCUAUGAGAAAAGUUUAGAGGACGUGACGUGUGAGAAUCUAUUCGAUUUAUAUCAAAGAUUUCGUAUUUGUCCUCACAAUCCGGUUCAUUCCCGUGUCACUGUAGGAGAAGAAACCGCAAUAAACAUUUUUUAUAUCAAUUUGAUUAAGCUGUUACAUAAGCAAACAUUGUAUUAAAAAUCCUGGCAAUUAAUAGUUAAACGUAACCAAAAACCCAUUAAUAUGUAAGCAUGGCGUCCCCUCUAAAUAAUCAUAUUGCAGGGCUGGUGCUAUAUGUGGCGUAUUGCAAUAAUAGUUCGUGUAUUUCAAGAAUCAGAACCAUUAAAAGAAAACGUGGGAUCUUGGAAUAUCCUCACUAGGCUGGCUGAGCGUAUUGGGAGUUGGGUGCACUGUGUCUGAUUUUCCUGAGUUGACACACCCACAUUACCCCCCAUCGUCCAGUCUGUGCUCCAGCCUAACUGGAUGGUCCUGAUCUGUCCAUACGUGGCCCCCUGUUCUCACUAGGAUUUCCAGAGCUAGCUGUUUCUCAGUCAUUGCUCGCGUACACAUUGCAGGGCAGAACCUUUCCUGUGCUGCCCAUCAACACGUGGAAGUAAUAUGCUUCCAGUAGAUCAAGGUGUAGAUCAAAUAAUGAAGAUUUUCUAUACAGGACCAUCUUAAAGGCAAAGUGCUAUUAGCAGGUUUGGUUAGCUAUGACAUUGCGUUGGUUUCCAUGGUAACUGCUCCAUUUUCUCCGUAUUGUUGCACGGAUUUUGCGUGAUUUUCUUAGCAUUUUUUCUAAAUCUGCUCCUGACAAAUUUUUGAUAUAUUUUAUUAAUAAUCCUAAAGGUUACAUUUUGAUAAAUACCCUGUUUGCACUAUUUCCAGUGACCAGUCUCCAUGUAACGUUUGUCCAGUUUGGGGUUUAUUCAUUAAACAUCAAAUCGUAGGGGACAGAAAAUCCCACCGGCAUAUUGCAGUGUAAACCAGCCGAGCGGAGACCGCAGUGGAGUCAGAGUGCUUCUUAAUCAGCAAUUUUUAUAGAGAAUUUGCAGAAUUUCACUACAAACCACUGUUUAGAGAAUAGACCCCUUAAUGCUUAGCAAUCAGCAUCCAAUUUGCACAUUUAUUGUCCGUUUCUAAUCUCCUAAAUGGUCGAGUUAAGAUAUGACUGUACGCAAUCUCUAAUUUAACCCCUUAACUGCCGAACGUGUUAGUGAUGCAUCUCGCAUUUCAGUAAUGUCAUCACUUCAGGCUGUUGGGUGAUAUACAGAAUUCAUACGCUGCCUGGGAGAGAUUAGUGAGUGAGGGUAAAAUCUGAAAGUAGGUGAUUUCUCUCCUGCAGCAUAUGAAUUCUGCAUACUGCCAGCCAGCAUUUUUCAUGCUCUGGCCAUCUGAAUAAAUGCGAUUCUCUGUGUUGGAGCUGGCGAGGAUUUCUUAUUAACCCAGUGCGAUCCCAGUUCCCCAAGACAGAAUUCCGCUGGCAUUGGGCUGUCUAAGAAUGGAGUUUGUGUACAUUGGCUGAAUCUCUCUCUCUCUCUCUCUCUCUCUCUCUCUCUCUCUCUCUCUCUCUCUCUCUCUCUCUCUCUCUCUCUCUCUCUCUCUCUCUCUCUCUCUCUCGCAGACAAUGAACAUGUUUACAUGGAACCUUUGCAGAAAGUCUACAAAUACUGCCCCAAGGAGUGGAAGAAGGAGGCCAGCAAGGUACGUCCCUCUCUUUCUUUACUCAAUAGAUUUCUUGCUCUUUAGGAAUUUUUGCCGCUGUUGUAAUAAGAGAAAGUGAUCUGUUUAUUAUUAUUAUUAUUAUUAUUAUUAUUAUUAUUAUUCCUCUGCCAAAACACAAAUCCUAAUACAAGUAUUAUUAGUGAAUAACUUCCAAUAAUAGUGAUCUAGACUCCACGAUGUACCUGGAAACUUGUAACAAGAUCCAUUUAUCUUUCACGGUUCCUUAUUUUAAUGUGAUUAACCCUUUCCCCCUCUCCCUGCAGGGUAUAGACCAGUUCGGUCCACCUAUGAUCAUACACUUCCGAGUGCAAUACUAUGUCGAAAAUGGGAGAUUAAUAAGGUAAGAAUGAAUAACCGGACCUGUUCUGUAACAUACACACAGUGUGCAGGUUAAUAAGGUAAGAAUGAAUAACCGGUCCUGUUCUGUAACAUACUCAGUGUGCAGGUUAAUAAGGUGAGAAUGAAUAACCGGUCCUGUUUUGUAACAUACACUCAGUGUGCAGGUUAAUAAGGUGAGAAUGAAUAAUCGGUCCUGUUCUGUAACAUACACACAGUGUGCAGGUUAAUAAGGUGAGAAUGAAUAAUCGGUCCUGUUUUGUAACAUACACUCAGUGUGCAGGUUAAUAAGGUGAGAAUGAAUAAUCGGUCCUGUUCUGUAACCUACACUCAGUGUGCAGGUUAAUAAGGUGAGAAUGAAUAAUCGGUCCUGUUCUGUAACCUACACUCAGUGUGCAGGUUAAUAAGGUGAGAAUGAAUAAUCGGUCCUGUUUUGUAACAUACACACAGUGUGCAGGUUAAUAAGGUGAGAAUGAAUAACCGGUCCUGUUUUGUAACAUACACUCAUUGUGCAGGUUAAUAAGGUGAGAAUGAAUAACCGGUCCUGUUUUGUAACAUACACACAGUGUGCAGGUUAAUAAGGUGAGAAUGAAUAACCGGUCCUGUUUUGUAACAUACACUCAUUGUGCAGGUUAAUAAGGUGAGAAUGAAUAAUCGGUCCUGUUUUGUAACAUACACACAGUGUGCAGGUUAAUAAGGUGAGAAUGAAUAACCGGUCCUGUUUUGUAACAUACACUCAUUGUGCAGGUUAAUAAGGUGAGAAUGAAUAAUCGGUCCUGUUUUGUAACAUACACACAGUGUGCAGGUUAAUAAGGUGAGAAUGAAUAACCGGUCCUGUUUUGUAACAUACACUCAGUGUGCAGGUUAAUAAGGUGAGAAUGAAUAAUCGGUCCUGUUUUGUAACAUACACACAGUGUGCAGGUUAAUAAGGUGAGAAUGAAUAACCGGUCCUGUUCUGUAACAUAUACUCAGUGUGCAGGUUAAUAAGGUGAGAAUGAAUAACCGGUCCUGUUCUGUAACAUACACUCAUUGUGCAGGUUAAUAAGGUAAGAAUGAAUAACCGGUCCUGUUCUGUAACCUACACUCAAUGUGCAGGUUAAUAAGGUGAGAAUGAAUAAUCGGUCCUGUUUUGUAACAUACACUCAUUGUGCAGGUUAAUAAGGUGAGAAUGAAUAACCGGUCCUGUUCUGUAACAUAUACUCAGUGUGCAGGUUAAUAAGGUGAGAAUGAAUAACCGGUCCUGUUCUGUAACAUACACUCAUUGUGCAGGUUAAUAAGGUAAGAAUGAAUAACCGGUCCUGUUCUGUAACCUACACUCAAUGUGCAGGUUAAUAAGGUGAGAAUGAAUAAUCGGUCCUGUUCUGUAACAUACACUCAGUGUGCAGGUUAAUAAGGUGAGAAUGAAUAAUCGGUCCUGUUUUGUAACAUACACACAGUGUGCAGGUUAAUAAGGUGAGAAUGAAUAACCGGUCCUGUUUUGUAACAUACACUCAUUGUGCAGGUUAAUAAGGUGAGAAUGAAUAAUCGGUCCUGUUUUGUAACAUACACACAGUGUGCAGGUUAAUAAGGUGAGAAUGAAUAACCGGUCCUGUUUUGUAACAUACACUCAUUGUGCAGGUUAAUAAGGUAAGAAUGAAUAACCGGUCCUGUUUUGUAACAUACACACAGUGUGCAGGUUAAUAAGGUGAGAAUGAAUAACCGGUCCUGUUUUGUAACAUACACUCAUUGUGCAGGUUAAUAAGGUGAGAAUGAAUAACCGGUCCUGUUCUGUAACCUACACUCAAUGUGCAGGUUAAUAAGGUGAGAAUGAAUAAUCGGUCCUGUUUUGUAACAUACACUCAGUGUGCAGGUUAAUAAGGUGAGAAUAAAUAACCGGUCCUGUUUUGUAACAUACACACUGUGUGCAGGUUAAUAACAGAUAUCCAAACAUGCAAAAUCUAAUUUCAGAGAGGUGGCUGUACCAGCAACGGCAAACACACGUGUGCACCUACACAUACAGACCCCAAAACGCACAAAUACACACAGCCACCAAACAUGUAUGAACAACUACAUCAUAUUUUAUUAUGACUGAACACAACUAUUUACAUAUUACAACUAUUUACACAUACUAUUAACACAAAGACUCAUGCACACACCUUGACACACAGAUAUGGACACUGACACAUACACACACACUUUCACAUACACACACAGAUACACACACUGUCAAUACACACACUGACAUACAGAUACACACAUUCAUACACACAGAUACACAGACUGGUAUAUACACACACUUAGAUACAUACACACUCACUCAGAUACACACUGACACACAUACACUCACUCAGAUACACACUGAAACACAGAUAUACACACUUGGAUACAUACAGAUACACACUCACUGAGAUACACACUGACACACAGAUACACACACUUGCACACACACAAGGUAUAAUCAUUUGAUCUGCACCCACCCUUAGCUUACCUUGUGUUAUGGUUGAGGCUGAUGGGAGCUCCAGCAUCUCUUUUGCCUCCAUGCUGCCUGUGUGCUCCAGCUCUCUAUCACUUCCUCCCAGCCGGCAGAUACUGCAGGCACCGGUCAGACUCUUAAAAGGCUGGGGCACUUGAUUGGGCCCCUGCUCAGAAAUAAUAUUAAUCGGAUUGGUAAUCUUAAUAUAUUCUAAAUGCCCUUAAUUUAUUGAGAGCAUUUAGAAUAUAUAAUAGCCCGUAAAUCACACUCAAUCUGAUAUAUAUUGUAUGUCAUAUUGUAUGAGACUUGAGGGCGUCAGGGAGACACACUACAAAUACGGGAGUCUCCUGGACAUACUGGGAGACGUGGGAUGUCUGUAAUAAGGAUCACCUAGCGGGGAGAACCAUAACAUAUUGCCAAUAUAUAUAUGAUAUGUUAAUAUUUUGAAAAUAAAUCAUUUGAACGGCUUAUCCAAAAAUAUUAAAUCGAGGCCAUAAUGAAAAAGAAGUGAGGCGGAUGUUACCACGCAGCUUAAUUAAGAAAGAUUCCACUCCGAAGCAUUACUUGGUGAAUAAAGCGGCGGGUGCUGGAUGGAUUGCUACACCUGAUUGCUAUUUUUUGUCUGAGUUGCUCGAUAUAUUAUAUCUACUAUAGCAAGUCCACACGGGUUAUUUUCCUUUUUUUUUGUGAUGGCAGUAAAUAUAAAAUACAAAAUAAAUUAAUUUAUGAAAUGACAUGCUAAAUAAUCUUAAUAUUUUGGCUUUAUGAAAUUCUGUAUUUUUAGGAUAAUCUGGACGUUUACUUGGCCUAUAAUUGAAAUCUGAGCUUUUUGGAGCUGAGCGGAGCGUUUUGUUUCCAAACCUAUUAAUUUAGGAUGUAAUCUCAUUGUCCUCUACUUAAUAAAUGGGCCCCCAAUGGCCUCUCUUCAUACAUGAAGUAUUGAUCCAUUAAAACAAUAAUGGGAGUUUAGACAAACAAGCUCAUCUUCUUCUGUAAUAUCCGCGUGGAUUAUUCACUGUUCCAGAUAUUUAUCUACAUAAGGAUUCCUUCUUUUGACUGGUGUAGUAAUUAGUGGAGAGGGGACUCCUUUUGCCUCAAUUUCAACCUGAACGAAUCUCUUAAAUGACCUCGUUAAGGGAUUGUUUGCAUAACUUGGUUCCCAUGUAAGACCUCAAUAUGGUCUCUCUGUGUCCUGCUGGGGACAGCCCAAGAUAAACACUCAGAGAGGCCUUCUACAAGGUGACACAACAUGUUUACUGCUAAGGAAAACACAAUGUGUCACUGCAUGAAUGUAACAGCUUUAUGGCCGGCCAUAAUGUGCCUUUAUUGAGGGUUCGACUGGUUCAAGCCUGAAUGUGUCUGUGAGACUAAAUAAAACCAUAGAUCGCCAAAAAUCUAUACAUAUAGCCAUACAGCUGUGCAUCCACUUAAUGAAAUGACUGAAUACUCCCAAAUUAAACACUAUUGAUGUGAUCUUGUAUAAACCCAUCGGACGUAGGCCGCCGUUUUUAAUAAGGGAUUUUUACAUUUCCCUUUUGUUUAUGAAAAUCCACGUCGUUUUCUCAUAAUUUCUCCUGUUUGAGAAGAUGAGUCGACAAUAAGUUUGUCUUCAGUAAUAAAUUGUCUGGUUAUUGCCAUUAGAGAAUGAAGAUGUGAUGUAUGAAAAAUAUAUACUUUUAAAAACAAUUAAAAUAUGGAUUGAUGUUCAGCCUAAAACUUGAAGUGAGAAGUGUUACAUUUGCGCUAAAAGUAUCUCUGAACCCAGAAAACAGGCAGCCUAACUGUAACACAAUGAACCUGUGGCAAACGUGGAAUGUAAUCCACCAAUAGCUCAAUGUACCCGUGGCAGGCAUGGAAUGUAACCCACCAAUAGCUCAAUGUACCCGUGGCAAACGUGGAAUGUAACCCACCAAUAGCUCAAUGUAGACGUGGAAUCUAAUCCACCAAUACCUUAACGUACCCAUAGCAGCCGGUGUGCCAAAGAAUGGGAUAUUUCCCUAAUUUGCUGCAUUGAAGUCUCUCAGUUUUUUUUGUCCGUACUAGCAAACUCCCAUUGUGCCAUAUACUCUGUGUGAGCAUCGUAGCUGUACAUUAUUAUUAUUAUUAUUAAUAUAGCGCUAUCAGAUUCCAUAGCGCUGUACAAUACACAGUCUGUAUAUCCAAUCUACCUGCUCCACAUGAGAUUUAACCCUUUCUAUCUGACCUCAUACCACAAUCUCUGUGUUGCCCUCAUUAUGGCCUUAUUACAGAUGUUCUGCGGAGAUGGCUCACACGUCGUACCAUCCAUGGCCUGCAGGCAGCACAGCCCUUCUUUUUUUUUAUAGAAGACACAAAGGGCUCCUAUUUCUGCAAACAUCUGGAAAUGGUUAAAUAAAGGAAACGCCAUUAGCAGAGGCCGCACAGCAACUUCAUUCUGUGGGAGAAUCGGUCUUUAACACAGCCCAGUUGUAGGCUAAGAUAGGGAUUUCGGCUACAAGGGACAUAGCCCGGGGGCGAGCCGCAUUCAAAAUGCACAUUGCGCAACUAUACCGGAUAUUGGUUUGUUUUCCACAUUUAUACCAUGAAGUUAGAAUAGGGUGAAAAGUGUGACUAAAUGACCUAUUAUUUAAAAUAAUUAUUACAAUGUAUAAAUGUGAUCACAAUGUGACAAUUUUGAAAUUUGUUUAUUGGGCUACAUUUUCCCGCCAUCUUGCAUCUAGUGUUAUGUGCAAUCUACGAUGUGUCCCUACGUGAAGACUUGUAUAAGGAUUGGCCACCGAAAAUUCAGACCAGCGUUCAAAAAGUGGAGCAGUCAUCGUGGAAACCAAUGGAAUGUUUUUGAUUACGCUGGUUCCUAUGGUGAUAUCUCACGUUUUGCAGCUGUGACUCGUUUUACGAUCCCCUUUCCUAAAUCCCAGUCCCCAUGAAACCGAAAGUCACAACGAAAACAAAAAAUACCCCAACUGUGGCCGUUUCCACUGUCACUUACAAAGCGCAUUCAAAGUUUUUUAAUACAAACCAUGUGGGCGUGCAAUGCAAUAAUGUUAUGACCGAAUGAGUCCUAUUUGGGUUAGAUCAAUAACAUUUCUGUGAUUAGAAAGGCUGGGCCCCAUUUUUAGGGCUCUGCGCCUGACUGCAACACAUUUAUAAAUCGCUCCAUUCAUAUUUCUCCAUCACUCCCUUUAUGGUAACACGACUUAACACCCAUACAGGUAUAUUGAUAUAUUAAUGCCCCAUUGGGAUAUCUCCCCCUCUCUCACUUGACGAAGGAGAUCUAUUGACCAUGAAUAUUAAUGCAGUUUUUUUCGAUACAAUGUAAAUGUUUAUCCAACAUCUUGUGUUUUUAUCUCCCAUUGCAGCGAUAGAACCGCCCGAUACUUUUACUAUUGCCACCUACGGAAACAAGUCUUGCUGUCUGCGUGCACGCAGCGGGAAGAGGCUUACUUCCUCCUGGCGGCCUUCGCUCUACAAGCUGAUCUGGGGAACUUCAAAAGGAACAAACACUACGGCAAAUAUUUUGAGCCUGAGGCGUACUUUCCUCCGUGGGUAAGGCUGCUUUCUUUAAAUCGUUCAUGUUAUUUGUUCCAGUCUGUGUUAACGUUUUAUUCUUAGUGACGUUUUGUGGGCUAUUUUUCAGACUGGCGAGAGAUACAGAGAGAAAAAAGGCUUUUUACUACGAUUUCUCCGUUACGUUACUUGUUUAUCUUUUUCCAUUUGCUGCAUCACAUUUAUAACUUUGUUUAUGUUUCACGCGAACAUAUUUAAUAUUGCCAAGACAAACAGGACAGGAGUCUACAUAGCUUCCAGAAUAUGAAUCGUAUGACCCCAAUACGUCAUCACAAAACUAAAUAAAACAAACCCCGUCUGCAUAAAUAAUCACUCCAACACUAGAUUUAAAAUCUAACUUUGAUGAGCUGAUUAUUUUGUUUAUUGUAACAUAGUUACCAGGACUAUCUCGGUUGUGAGGGAGCGUUUAGUGGAUCAAAGUUAGAAUGCAUUCACCUACAAAAGAUACAUUUAUCUCAUCACUGGUUUCCAAGUGUGUCCCAGGGACUGGAUGAUCUGAUUAGCUAACAGGGUUAUUCACUAAACUGUCUAGAAUUCAAAGUAAGUUUAACUUUCAAGGGCAAAGUAGCCAAACUGGAAAGUCUGCAAUGCUUCCUGUCUGGUUACCCUUUGCCUGAAAUUCACUUUGAAUUCCCAAUAUUUCUCACCUGUUGGAUACAGUAGCUGGAGCACUUUUCACUGAACGAUCUCAUUUUACACCUGUUCUAAUUCUAAUGUAUUUAUAAAUCUCCACUGAAUGUGUAAUGGUAAUAAAUAAACUAGGGACUGUCCCUCGUAAAUCGGGACACUCGGGAUGAAUGCACUGGAGAUAUUAAGUAAGGAUGUACAGCAAGAUUAUAAAGAAAGUUCAACUUAUAUUAUCACUACAAUAAAUAUGCAUUGAUCAUUAAUGUUAAUUGCCAUGUAGUAUUAUUUAAUAGUUAUAAAGCUCCAACAAAUACUGCAGCGCUGUACAAUGGAUUAUUGCAUGUUUAUCUCUGUAUCUAAAGCUUCUAUUGGUGGAUUCGCCCUCCUCUCCUGCAUGUAAAGCAUGUUAUUCUGUGUGUUACAUGUGAUGAGAUUUAACGUAUCGAGAAUCUCCAGUAUCGCGCCGCCAUCUAUUCAUUUUAUUUCUUUUUAAUGGAAAAUUGAUUUAAAAGCGGUUUCUCUGGCUCUCAGAGCUGGGAUACUUUACACUGCAGGUAAUUCGGCCACAAUGUAUAAUUCUGCCAUUGAUCUCAUAGUAAUUUGUUCUCUGGAUAAAAUAUGGUUUCAAUUUACUCUAAUUCAGGAGAUUUUCAUCUUUAUAGCAACAGGGAGUCAUCGUCUGACAGCGGCUGCAAUUUCUAAUAUAAAUAUAUUGGUGUCCCACUGGAACAAGGGGCCUUAUCAAUGAUUGUUCAUUGUUUUACCCUGUGUACUGGAUGGAUUCGGGUGGGUGGGGGUAGAGAUAUAUCCUAAACCCCCAAUACUUUGUUACAUUAUAAAAUGCCUAUUGCCCUUAUACCCUGAUAGCUGUACUUCCCUUCCUAUACGUGUGAGAAAAUGAGAAAAUGAGCCUGUCUCUUUAACACUGGAGAGUUUCUGCCUGUGACUAAAACGAAAGUAACAGCAUGUACUUGGCAGCAUGACAAAAACCUUAUGAUCCACAGUCAUAAAGCUCUGCGUUUUAUAGUUAUUAUUUUUGUCUGUGUUUAGAUUUUGUUUUUCUGUGACGACCCUAUCAGAGACAUUUUAAAGCAACACUCAAAGCACCAUAGCCACUACAACACACUGUAGGAGGUAUGGUGCCAGAAGUGCCCUGACACCUCCCUCCCCCCCAAUAUAAGUAGCAAACCGUUUGACUCGCUAUCUGGGGUCUGCUGGGUGCAUGUCAUGGCCUCUAUGUCACGGCCUGGUAGCUGUCUGCUCAGUGCUGAGCCCUGCAGUGCAGGGUUUAUCUCAUUGGCUGAGAGCAAUCAAACAGUUUGACUACUUACAUUGAGAGAAUGCCAGGGCAGUUCUGGCACCAUAACCACUCCAGUGUGAUUAUAGUGGUUAUGGUUCUUGUAGUGUAACUUUACAUGUGCUUCUACAAGAUGUCACCAUAAUCCUCUGCCAGGCUACUGUAAUCCAACUCACAUAGACAGCCCUGUCCCUGGAUAAUAGUGGGCUGUUCAUAUCAAUAUAAAUGUAUAGAUUACGUAAUAAAGACGCUCUGAAAUGUGUUGUUGUUUGUUGCUGCAGGUCAUUAAGAAACGAGGAAAGGACUAUAUCUUAAAGCACAUUCCUAACAUCCACCGGGAUCAAUUUGCUCUGACCGGAUCAGAGGCGCAUCUUAUGUAUAUAAAAGAGGCAGCGAGACUUGAGGACGUCGCAGUUCAUUAUUACCGACUGUACAAGGUGAGCUGCGUUAUUAUUGACUGUACAAGGUGAGGCGCGUUAUUACCGACUGUACAAGGUGAGCUGCGUUAUUACCGACUGUACAAGGUGAAACGCGUUACCAACUGUACAAGGUGAAACGCGUUAUUACGACUGUACAAGGUGAGCUGCGUUAUUACCGACUGUACAAGGUGAGCUGCGUUAUUACCAACUGUACAAGGUGAGGCGCGUUAUUACCGACUGUACAAGGUGAGGUGAGAUGCGUUAUUACCGACUGUACAAGGUGAGCUGCGUUAUUACCGACUGUACAAGGUGAGACGCGUUAUUAAUGACUGUACAAGGUGAGGCGCGUUAUUACCGACUGUACAAGGUGAGCUGCGUUAUUACCGACUGUACAAGGUGAGCUGCGUUAUUACCGACUGUACAAGGUGAGCUGCGUUAUUACCAACUGUACAAGGUGGGCUGUGUUAUUACCGACUGUACAAGGUGAAACGCGUUAUUACGACUGUACAAGGUGAGCUGCGUUAUUACCGACUGUACAAGGUGAGCCGCGUUAUUACCGACUGUACAAGGUGAGCUUCGUUAUUACCGACUGUACAAGGUGAGCUGCGUUAUUACCGACUGUACAAGGUGAGGCGCGUUAUUACCGACUGUACAAGGUGAGCUGCGUUAUUACCGACUGUACAAGGUGAGCCGGGUUAUUACCGACUGUACAAGGUGAGACGCGUUAUUAAUGACUGUACAAGGUGAGGCGCGUUAUUAAUGACUGUACAAGGUGAAACGCGUUAUUACCAACUGUACAAGGUGAAACGCGUUAUUACGACUGUACAAGGUGAGCUGCGUUAUUACCGACUGUACAAGGUGAGCUGCGUUAUUACCGACUGUACAAGGUGAGCCGGGUUAUUACCAACUGUAGCCCAAAUCACAGGGAGUUUUCCGAAUGUGUGAGUUUAUCUGGAUUGUGUCAUUUCUGAGUUAAUAAUAUAGAGUUCAGAGUUUUCUUCCUUUCUUAAUUAACAAGUAGAUAAUCACUUACAUUAACUAUUACAGCCCAUAAUAGCCUGCUCAUAUACUGUAUUUGAAAGUGUUUUCUGAAUGUCCCACUGCCUCCAACCCAUGUUACUUCCUAAAUAAUCUGUCUAAUGUAUCAUAACACUUGGGCUGUAAUAUGCAGACCUCAUUUAAUUAGAGAUAUUUGAUGUCCCCUGGAAUAUGAUAUAAUAUCUCUUAUUAGAUUAUUAAGCAGUACUUUUAUAAAGAUCUGAAAGUCACAAAUGCUGGUUGUAGAGUAUUAAUUCCUGUUUUGUUUUUUCCCACAGGAUAAAAGAGAGAUAGAAGCUUCUUUGAUUCUUGGGUUAACGCUACGAGGAAUUCAGAUUUUUCAGGUUCUUACAUUUAAUCUUUUUCGGGGGGGCAAUUGCUGAAUUUGUGAUGAAUUAAAGAAUUCUUCUGUAUAUAAUCUGUGUACAAUGUCGAGUCCAGCCACAAUCCUCCUCUUGCAGGAUAGUUUCCGUUUGGAAUCACUUUGGGUCACUAAAAAAAAAAAGACCAUAAAAAUAUUAAACACGUCUUCGAAGGUACACUCUGGGCAGAAUUUCACCAUUUUUUAAAAUGAAUUAACAGAUUUAAAAUACAUAAAGUACAUUUAAAGGUCACGUUAUCUUCUGCGAGUCCCCAAGCUUGUGACGCUGCCUCUCGCUAAACCAGGAAGCGGCUGGUGUUAAUUUAAUGUUGUAUUACCCAACAUUUUAAUGACAGGCAAAUGUGCGAGUAUGACCGUAUAAAAUACAUCGAUACUGUCCGGUACUAUGGGCAGAGAGUGCUGCUUGUGUGAGCUUACACUGCAUGAUCUACACUGAACGAUAGACGAGGAAAGGGUGUAGGACUACAGUGAAGGAAGAUCAGAUAACACAAGGAGAUUCCUUGGAGACAUGGGAUGGUCGCAGUGGGAGACAAGUGAAGGAAAUGGUCAUUAUUUUGGAAUUAGUAUGGGCGGUUAUUAUUGAAGAUUCUGUGAAAAAGUUUUUAGGAAAUAUUUAGAGCUGAGGAGAAGAGUCUGGCAGAGUGAUGUAGGGAUUCCUCAGGAUAAAUACAAUACGGGAGACGCCCUGGAGACGGGAGUCAAUGGAAAUUAUGAGAGAAGACGAUGGACUGCAGAACAAGGAGGGUGGGUGGGGAGAGUAUUUGGAGAGAGGAGCAAAGAUAAUACAGAUUCCGUGUACAUUUUGGGUCGGGAGUUUGAUUCAAUGGCAACAAAAAUUGAAAGCUACAACAGUCAAAGCCAGGAUGUGGAGAACAGUGAGCGAGAUAAAGGAGGCGAGCUGGGGGUCCAUGAUGAUUUGGAGGGGGAGCAGUGUUUGAGGGACUGGCCUCGAAGGAAGCGAUUACUAGAGUCUAUUAGCAUUUUCAGUGUUUCUGGUACUUUGAUUGGAUGUAUCCUGGAGACCCAAAAAUCUGAUUGGAUGAAAUUCCUCAGAGAGCUCUGAUUCACAUUCUGUGGCUCAUGUUAUUUACGUUGUUUUUUUUGUUUUUUACAGCGUACAGGAGAAGAAAAACAGCUGCUUUUUGACUUUCCUUGGACAAAUGUAGGGAAGUUGAUAUUUGUGGUAAGUGGCUCAAAGUUACAAAAUAAAUAAAUCACAGGUUAAUGGUCGGAAUUUACAAAUGACAGAAAGGGUUAUGAUGUGAUCUGGAAACCCAAAUAUUCUUUAUACGUUUUAUGUUAUAACUUUAUAAAUCAGUGGUAGGCCCCAGCAGGCUGGGGGUUAUGGGAGUUUUAAUUCUGUGAUAGAUCCACGUUACUGUUAAUUAAACAGAUCUAUAUCAUCGCCGGCUCCAUGAGUCUGAGGUCGAUGUCUACAUAUCUCGUCUUCUUGACCGCACUGUCUCGAGGGGAUGGAUUGGGUUCUGGAUAUUGGAAUUACAGAGGAUGGAACUCUUAAUGUAUAUUGUACAGGCCAGGAGCGCUGGCUAAGCAUCAUGGGAAAUAGUUUAUGCGCAGGGCUCUUAAUUUAAAUUUGUACAUUACUAGCCAGGCCUAAAAGUUACUUGUUACAGCAAACCUUGAGGGCUUCAGGAUCCAUGGCAUACUCAAUGCGGGUGAACUAGAGCUGAACGUUUACUCACAAAUGGCUAGUGGGCGGAUGGACAUAUUUAGUCCUGGUUUACGCAGCCCUUCUAGCACCUCUGCUGGCCAUUCUGCUCUUAAAAGUGCAAAACAAGAUAAAACUGGGGACUCGCUCAAGGAUAUGAUUUUGAAGUCUUGUCUAUGACAUUUUGGCAACCUAACUUCUCUACAUCACAACCUUAUUUCAUCUGCUUCGUAUUUUGUUAUGUAAACCCAGAUUACCCACGCUGGUCGUUAGAUGUGUUGGAGGUAUUCGAAUCUGAAACAUAAUAUAUCUAUCAUGGCGUCCGUCAGCCAAUACAGACUCAUGUCUUCUAAAUAUGUAUCUGUAACAUUUAUUCACUAAACAGUUCAUUUUGACAAUUUGUCUUAGUCUGCCUAAAAUUUGCAAAUACGACUUUCACUUUGAAAUAGGAUGAGAAUUUUUGGCUUAGAUUUUUAAAAAUAUAAAGAUUUUAUUUUUAUUAUUAUUAUUGUUACUGACCCACUGGGGUUCAUUGACUGAAUUGAGAACGGUAGAGAAUUGACCUAAAAAAAUCCAAAAUAGUUGGUUGAAAAUUGAAUAUUUCUGUUUGUGGUAUAUUGUAUUUUGUCUGUCUCGUUAUACUUGGACUGUCCCUCGUAUCAGGCUGUUCAUUCACAUGGCUAGCUCAGGGUGAUUGAUGUAUAAUGGAACAAUAGCUGGACAAUGUAAGAGUCUCUCAGUAUACACACGUUCUGUUAAUAUCUUCUUAACUACAUGUCAUCCCAGAUCUAGGUGAUCUCCAAUUCCCAUCAUACUUAGACAGUCCGGUAACAUCACUGGUAUUAUCUGUUUUAAUAACAGCAGGAGAUAAAAUAAUUCUAUUUUCAUUUCGUGUUUCAUUGUUAACACAUUCCCAUUACAGAGUUUAAUAGCUGGAGUAAUCGUAAUAUGUACAUUGCAUUAUUUCUAUUUAUCUUUCUACCUCAGGGUAAAAAGUUUGAGAUUUUACCAGACGGCUUACCAUCAGCCAGGAAGUUAAUUUACUAUACCGGCUGCUCGUCGCGAUCUCGCCAUCUCCUUCAGCUCCUCAGCAACAGCCACCGUCUCUUCAUGAACCUGCAGCCGGUACUGCGACAAGUCAGGACGCUGGAGGAAAACGAAGGUACAUCAUGGCUUAUUAUAAAUGUUCUAACCCAAGUCAGUUUGUGAUAGGCAUACAUCACAAUACAACUAUAUUGUAUUGAACCCGUGUCCGCAACCUUCUCCUGUAUUAGUUCCAAGGUCACACCAGAUUGUAUUGGAUGGUGAUUGUCCUUCUUAUUAUAAGCAUUUAUGUAGUGAUAACAAAUUGUGCAGCUCUGAAGAAUUAUACAAAAAGAGCAUUUAGAGGGCCUGAUCAGGUGUGCUUACAAUCUAUAAGGGUUUGAGGUUCUGUUUAACGUGUGAUGUAAUGUUGUCUUUCUGUUUUCAGAGAAGAAGCAGUAUCGUGAGUCGUAUAUCAGUGACACGUUGGACCAGGAUAUGGACCAGCUGGAGAAAAGGUCCCGGGCAAGUGGCAGCAGUGCAGGCAGCGUCAAACACAAACGUCUCUCGAGGCAUUCCACAGCAAGUCACAGCAGUUCACACACUUCUGGGAUAGAGGCCGAUACCAAACACCGGGACAUCGGACCAGAAGACAGCUUCUCUGGGUCGUCACUUCACUGGAAGCUGCAUACAUGUAGUUCAAUGACCAGCCAUAGCAGCUCCCACACCUCCGGGGCAGAGAGCGCCGGCAAGGAUAGGCUGGACGAUGAUUCACAGGAUGAUGGUAAUUUAACUGGUUGCAUGAUCCUCCAUCUCUAUACAUUUCACCUAUCCUUUGUUUUAUUAAACGGAUACUCUGACCCAUUGGAGCUUCCUGGGGUAAAGUGCCCUGUUUGGCACUAUGGAGAAGGUUAUCUAUCCAAAAUACUUGUGCACAGACUCACUUUGUUAAUUCGACACUGCCAGAAGGUUUUACCAUUAUAGAUACAUAGUUACAUGAAAAGAGUUAGCUGAAAAGAGACUUGCGUCCACCAAGUUCAGCCUUCCUCACAUAUGUUUUUGCUGUUGAUCCAAAAGAAGGCAAAAAACCCAGUCUGUACCGCUAUCUGGCUGCACCAGAGGGCUGCAGGCCUGUAUCAUGCUGUACUCCAGUGCUUGGAGACCUUCAUUACAUGGACUGAGGACAUAAUGAAGCCAUAAAUAAAUUUGGCAGAUAACAAGGAAAUUACUUGUGCGGGCCCUGUCUUUAAAUUGGUCCCUAAUAGUGAACCUAAACACCCAAUACCAAUCAGGCUGGAGGUUUUCCUAAAUUCUUGCAAAUCUUUUUGCACUGGGACCAACUGUCCUAUGUCUUAUAUUAAAUUAAUUAUGCUUUCUACCUAGACAAGUUCACAAACUGUAACUUGACAAUUUAGCUAUGAUUUUUCUAGCCAAAACACCGCUGGAUCUAAAUGGCUCGUGCAAAACAUUUAUCGAGCCGUGGCACCGUUAAGAAAAUAAAUUGAUGAAAUGUAGCAUUCAUUAUCGUACUGCAAAGUUCAUUUAUAAUAUUUAACCCUUACUCCUCCUGAUUCCUUACAGAGAUAGAAAUGCUGGUUGACGACCCAAAGGACCUUGAUCUCCCUGUGGAUGUCAGUCCUGAACUGUGUAUCUACAUCACGGAGGACAUGCUUCUCUCCCAGCAGAUAAAUGGUCGUUCAGGUGAGUUGUGAAGGCGGAUGUACCUGGCUCAUGCCAGGCUUGGUCUAAUAGGUAUUUAAACAUGGAACUGUAGUUAUGUGCCCUCAGACGUGAGCAGACUCUAAUAAUCGAUGAAUAUUAUAUCAAACCUAUGUGUUUUAAUUGAUACCGGAGAAACUGACGGAAGCAAAGCACAGAGGGAUGGACACAGGUUUCUUCAGGAAGGAAGAGAUUCUUUAUUGGAUCACCGAUCGGGACUCAGAGGGACUAAUGUCACCAAAAAUACAGCAAGUUCUGAGCCCUGAACAAUAGUGCAGGCUCCCUAUAUAGGCACAUAACUCCUCCCAUAUUAAGCUCCACCCGCACAUUCUCUUGACCAAUCAUUACAAAUAAGAAUUAACUUCCUGCUUGACCGCAUGGCUUGUCCAGCACAAUGGAGGAGGGGAAUACUACAUCCUGUAUUCUUGCACAUGCUCCGUACACUACUGAUCGUAUCUUGCCUCGUGCAACCAACUGAUCGAUACGUCAGCAUAUGCACGUACACAUGCCACGUGGUAAUCUCGGCCUACUAAAUUUAUUUUUACCGAGAUUCCACCACAUUCCCCCCUUUGAUGCCUCUUGAUAUUUUACAAUUACUUGAGGCAUCACUUAACCUUGGUUUGCAUACACCACAAGUUACCUUUGAACCAGACCAGACUUAUCCUACGAUGUGAAUCUUCAACACUCGUCUUCCUGCAUUGGUUCUCCCUGAUCUAGAGCCUUAUAUUUAUAAAUUGCCAUUAUCUGUGCAGCAGCCUUCCUCUCUGCUAUAUUUUCUAUCAGGCUUUGCACAGACCUAACUACUAAGGGUAUAAGACACGGCAGGAGUAGACACAACAUUAAAAUCAGUAGGACUCCACCUACCACUGCCUUAAGCCCUCCAAACCACUCAUACCAGCUACCAAACCAACUACUUGGAUUGUACCCUUUCCAUACCUGAGUAGGCACAUGCGCUAGUUUAACCAUAUGGCUAGUAAGCUCAGCUAUUGCUUGCCCUUCGUCAUCUAUUUGAAGACAGCAAUUGCUCAGGUUAAACUUCCCACAUACACCUCCCUCUACUGCCAAAAGAUAAUCCAAGGCUAAUCUAUUUUGGUAAACUGCUGUCCUCAUCCUGGUAUUAUGCUUCGCUAGAAGAUUGAGCGCUUGUGAUGUCUCGUUAGUAAUGAUCUCAACCACCGCCUGUAACCUUAUAAUGCGGUUGAGCAUAUAAAUAGGGGUUCUAUAACCAAAGGUACCAUCCUCUGCCCACGUGGCUGGCCCAUAAUAAUCUAUAAUACGCUGGGGAGGCCAUUCAUUAUCUUCCCAGGCACCUAUCUCUAUGGGUCCCCUUUUCUUCCUAUGAUUCACAUCAUACACUUUAACACCUAAAGUCUCACCUGUUUCAAUAGGCAACAAGAAGAAGGAUGGUUUUAACAUACCCAACACACAUGCCCCUUCCCAGUCCUGUGGUAACUCCGAAUAGGCCUUCUUACCACAGAUCCAGUACAAAUUCGCUGGGGCUCUCCAGUUAGAUGUGAUGGAUAGAUCAAACCAUACGUCCUUUAAAUUGGCAUAUCUUGCAAACGGGUUAGAUGGUUCUGAGACAUUUGAAGCCGACCACCAAGUUGUAUUCUUUGUAUCAUCAUCAUAAGCUUUUUGCCCUAGACAAGUUAAUUCUCCUACAGAAGUAUUAUACAUCAUUCCUUUCCUCGCUAUGCAAACAUAACCUAUGAUGGAGGUCUUCAAUCUCCACUCAGAUUUACCUCUAACACUCAUAUGAUAGUCGGCUUGUGUAGAUAUUAAUUGGUCAACUGCCUCAGAACCGGACAUUACCUCCUUUGCUUCCCAAGGCCAUUGGUCUCCCAUGUUAGUACCUCCACACACAUAGCAGUUGGUAACAUUAAGACUACCGGCAAUACUCUCGGCUAAAUCAAUGAACAAGUUUUUAGCAUUAUGGGGGAUCUUAUUAUCUAUGCUCAUCUCUUCAUAAAAGGAAUGGUAUACUUGAUGAGUUUGGGAGGUUACCGUAUCAGUCUCUAUCCCUAUAAACAAUAUUGUCCCAGGGUCUAAACCCGUCCCAUAUAUUUGAAACCCAAAUAAAUUACCAUAUUUAUCUAAGAACUUGUCAGGGUUAUUUAUAAGUAUAUGGAUUGGAUUGCAUUCCAUAGACUUACAAUAUGGAUUAGUAGGCAACUUAGUCACAAUCAUGUCCUUGUCUGCUGUCUGUCCCCAAGUCGCCCACCCCACACAAGACCAAUAUGGGCAGAAGUUAUAAUCUCUAUUUGGGCAUCUUGGACUUACAUAUUUAUUUUUACUACUGGGACAAAUAUAUUUAUCGUUAGACCCAUACGUCCUCUCCCAUCUAAGAUCCCCACAUACAUUCCACGGCUUUCUACCACUUGAUAUUGCUUUACACGCAUCAAAUAGCAGAGCACCUGAAGAAUAUACGGAUUUUAAUACCGUCUUAUUAAUUAGGGUCCCCUGAGAAUCUCCAUUUCUGAGAGUCAACCAAAUUGUACGGGGUUGAUACUCAGGACUGAAGCACUUAGGUUCUCCUACUCCUAAAUGACACACACUAUAUUCUAUAUUUAAGUAUCUACAUCUUGAUACAUCUCCUUUACACUCAUAUUGCGAAUGCCAAAUUAGGGUCUGGGAUAUAUGGUUACCUGUUCUUGUAGUCUUAAUGCAUACCUCACAGCUAGGAGUGUUGGUACCUCUACCUUCCUGAAUAUAAAAAUACACAUAAAUAAACAUUAUUAAAAAUACAUCUUUCGUCGUCAUCCUCAGUCUUCGUCCGUGCGAAGGCACCUCAGCUUCCAGGAUGUAAGGGCUGCAGGGAAUGGAGUUCUGCUCGUCUUCACAGGGGUCCCUCAAGACUUUCCCUGACUUAUACACUCGUUGGUGAGUGGACAGGCUUUAUUAUGGCCUUCUCACUCACUUACCAAGUCUCUGAAACAAUAAAAUUUGUAAUCUACAAGGUUCCUCGUCACUCCGACUGAGUCGUGCGUUUUAACCGGAUCUUGCAGGGAUUCUCUGGAUUUGCUGUAACUUGCCAGGAAUCGGCUGCUGCUGGUUUAACCCUGGAGUGAUGUAUCCACGGAGCCACUUCGGCUACUUUUAUCGCUGUAGGGGUAGACAGAAGAACAACAUAAGGACCUCUCCACUUGGGCCCUAACGGCACAUUAUUCCACUCUUUAAUCCACACUUGGUCGCCUGGGUGGUAACUAUGAAUUGGGGGAUAAAUAUUCACAGGUAAUCUAUCUUGUACCCAUUUCUGUACCUCCUCCAUAGUCUUACCCAACUCUACAACCUGCUGCCGGGUAAUUCCUUCUCCCAACUGACUCAAAUCCCCCCUUAAGUUACCAAGCACGGGAGGUGGUCGCCCGUACAUGAUUUCAAAAGGAGAGAGGCCCAUCCUUCUGGUAGGUGUACUACGGAUUCGCAAUAGAGCUAUGGGCAAGAGAACGUUCCACUUAAGUUGGGUUUCCUGACACAUUUUAGCCAACUGAUUCUUAAUAGUUCUAUUCAUUCUCUCUACCUUACCAGAACUCUGGGGUCUAUAUGCCGUAUGAAGCCUCCACUUUAUACCAAGCAUAUGAGUCAAUUGUUGUAGGCACUGAUGAACAAAAGCUGGACCAUUGUCCGAUCCUAUAGAGCAGGGUAGUCCAUAUCGGGGUAUUAUUUCUCGUAGCAGGAAUCUCACGACUUCUCCUGCUUUCUCUGUACGAGUAGGACAUGCUUCUACCCAGCCUGAAUAGGUGCACACCACUACCAGCAGGUAGCGAUGUCCACCCGAUUUAGGCAUCACUGUAUAGUCAAUUUGUAAAUCGGACAUGGGAAGUCCCCCCAUAAACUGGACUCCUGGUGGCUUUACUGGUCCUUGUCUUGCAUUAUUUUUAGCACACGUUACACAUCUACGUACAAUGGCCUGAGUCAAGUUGGACAAUCUUGGUAUGUAGAAAUGUUUUCUGAGAGAUUCUUCUGUACUGUCUCUCCCAGAAUGUGUCCCGUUAUGAUAGUUUUGGACAAUUUCUACCGCUAGUGAUGCUGGAAUAACUAUUCUUCCAUCUUCUAACUGAUACCAUUUGUUCUCCAAAUACUUUCCAGGUUCAGUCCUUAACCACUCCUCUUCUUGAGCUGUAUAAAUUGGAGUCCAUUGAGACAGUGGAGUUGGUAUAAGAGCAGCUAUAUGCCCCACAUAUUCCUGUCUUCCUGAUUCAGCAGCACGCUUAGCUGCACUAUCUGCCAUCCGAUUCCCUUUGGUUACAUCACCAUCUCCUCUCAGAUGCGCCCGACAAUGUAUAAUACCGACUUCUUUCGGCUCCCACACUGCUUCCAAUAGUUGUAGGAUCUCAGCUGCGUAUUUGAUUUCUUUGCCUUCUGAAUUCAAUAGUCCUCUUUCUUUAUACAAAGCUCCGUGGGCAUGAGUGGUUAAAAACGCAUACUUGGAGUCCGUGUAGAUGUUCACUCUUAAACCUUCAGCCAAUUGUAACGCUCGUGUCAGUGCUAUCAAUUCUGCCUUUUGUGCUGAUGUUCCUUUUGCCAGUGGCCGAGCUUCUAUCACCUUGUCUAUCGUUGUUACUGCAUAUCCUGCAUAGCGGAUCCCUUCUUUUACAUAACUACUGCCGUCGGUGUAAUAUUGAACAUCAGGGUUCUGGAUGGGAAAAUCACGAAGAUCUGGUCUACUUGAAAAUACUUCAUCCAUUACUUCCAAACAAUCAUGUUGACUUUCAGUAGGUUGUGGCAAAAGGGUAGCUGGAUUUAAGGUAUUUACAGUCUCUAAAUGCACUCUUGGGUUUUCACACAACAUUGCUUGAUACUUGGUCAUACGGCUGUUACUAAACCAAUGAUUUCCUUUGUAAUCCAACAACGUCUGUACUGCAUGUGGAACUCGUACAUAAAGUUCUUGACCCAGAGUGAGUUUAUCGGCUUCAGCUACUAGCAGGGCGGCUGCAGCUACAGCUCUUAGACAAGGUGGAAGUCCGCUGGCCACUGCAUCCAGUUGCUUAGACAUGUAGGCAACAGGUCUUUGCCAUGAUCCCAAGUACUGUGUCAAUACUCCCACAGCCAUUCUUCUUUGCUCAUGUACAUACAGGUAGAAUGGCCGUGUGUGGUCAGGUAGACCUAAUGCUGGGGCACUCAUCAAAGCCCUCUUCACAUCUUCGAAUGCCGUUUGCUGUUCUUGAGUCCAUAAGAAGGGGUCGUGCUCUGUACCUUUGAUAGCUGCAUACAGAGGUUUUGCCAGUAUCGCGUAGCUGGGAAUCCAUAUCCUACAGAAGCCUGCUGCCCCCAAGAAUUCUCGCACUUGUCUUCUAUUCCUGGGUAUCGGUAUUUGGCACACAGCUUCUUUUCUCUCUGGCCCCAUAAUUCUUUGACCUUCAGAGAUAUGGAAUCCCAGAUAUUUGACAGUUGGCAAACACAACUGAGCCUUCCUUCUUGACACCUUGUAUCCUGCCUUCCAGAGAAUGUGUAGUAGAUCGUGCGUUGCUUGCUGACAUACUUCCUUUGUAACUGCUGCUAUCAACAAGUCAUCUACAUAUUGUAAUAAUACACACUCUCCUGGGAUAGACUCGAAAUCUAGUAGAUCUUGACUUAGAGCUGAACCAAAUAGGGUAGGUGAAUUUUUAAACCCCUGGGGCAAUCUUGUCCAGGUCAUUUGGCGUUUCGAGCCCGUUACAGCAUUUUCCCAUUGGAAAGCGAAGAUACAUUGGCUUUCUGCGGCAAUUCGGAGGCAAAAGAAGGCAUCUUUGAGAUCUAAGACUGUAAAGUAAGUAGCCCCGCCCGGAAUUAAAGCAAGCAGGUUAUAUGGAUUGGGCACGACUGGAUGUAUACUAACAACCGCAUCAUUGACUGCUCUCAAGUCCUGCACAGGUCGAUACUCAUCUGUACCGGGCUUUUGAACAGGCAGCAAUGGGGUGUUCCAGGGGGAAGUACAGAAUUUUAGGAUACCAUACCGUAUGAACUUAUCCAGAUAAGAUUGGAUGUUCUUCUUAGCCUUCUGCGGAAUAUGAUAUUGUCUCAGGCUUACUGGAUAAACCCCAAGUUUUAGUUCGAUUUUAAUAGGUGGAAUAUUGCGGGCCAGUCCUGGUGGGUUGUUCUCUGCCCAAACUCCUGGUAUGUUAAAUAAGGAUUCAUCACUCCUCGGGUUUUGGCUAGUCAACACUGUAUAAAGUCGCCACUCUUCUUCCUUUGGUACGGACAAUGUCAUAAUACCUGAGGGUCCAUUAAACUUUAAGGAUGUUGUUCCAUUUGGUAGGAACGUAAUCUGCGCUUGUAAUUUGGAUAGCAUAUCACGUCCCAGCAAUUGGACUGGACACUCAGGCAUAUAAAGGAAUUGAUGUUUUACUACGUGGCCUCCCAAUGUACAGAGUCGACUUUUAAGAACCGGUUUUUCAGCACUUCUUCCAGUUGCUCCUAUUACAGUAAUAGUUCUUCCAGAUGGAGGAGCAACUUGAUUAGUCACCACCGAAUGUUCAGCACCAGUGUCGAUCAUAAACGCACUCCUUUUUCCCCCUAUUGAUACAUCGACCAUAGGCUCCGCUCGACCAAGGGGGAUGGAGCCCGGUCGGUAUCAAUAGUCCUCCAUGACCGUGUCAGCCAAUCCCACAAAGUCCCUACCUUCUCUAUCGCGGGACCUUUGCGCUGCUGGAUAGUACCUAUCUUCCCUUACACUUCCUCUGUUCCCAUUACUCCCUCUAUUACCAUUACUCCCUCCGGGGCCUCCUCUACCUCUCGCUCUGCCUCUAAAGUUUCCGUAACCUGCCCUGGGUAAGUCUCUCUCAUACUGCUCUCUUUGCGGACACUCGUUCCUCCAAUGCCCUUCUUCCUUACAGUACGCGCACUGAUUCCUACUCAAAGGCUCCCUAUUCCAUCUACCAUCGCCUCUAUCUGGGCCCCGUCUAUCUACGCCUGCGAUCGCUACCGCUAGCAUAUCUGCCUUUCUACGCAUCUUGCGCUCUUCCUCUUUCUUACUUUCUGUUUCCCUAUUCAUAUAUACUUUGUUCGCUACCUCCAUUAGUUGGGUGAUAGACAUACCUGCAAACCCUUCUAAUUUCUGUAGCUUGCGCUUAAUAUCUCCGUAAGCUUGGCUGACAAAGGCGGAGUUUACCAUUCGGGAAUUAUCAGCGUCUUCCGGAUUAAAGGGGGUAUACAAGCGGUAUGCCUCCAAUAAUCGGUCAUAAAAGACACUGGGCGCUUCAUCACUUUUCUGAAUCACCUCAACUGUCUUCGACAUGUUAAUAGCUUUCUUCCCUCCGGCUUUCAUGCCAGCAAUUAUAGCAUCUCUAUAGGCUUUAAGUUGAGCCAUAUCUGCGCCAUUUACAUUCCAGUCAGGAUCGGUGUUAGGGUAAUGUGUUGCGGCCCAUGCUGCCGGAUUGGCUUGAUUUAAAGCACGGGCUCUCUCCUCUAGCGCCUUAAUGGCCGCUUGGUUAAUCCUUGUCCUUUCCUCAUUAUUGAACAAUGUCAUUAAUAACUGCUGGCAAUCAGCCCAUGUCGGGUUAUGUGUCUGAACUAUCGAGGUGAACAGAUCGGUCAUAGCUUGUGGUUUCUCAGUGUACGAGGAAUUGUGGGUCUUCCAAUUCAAGAGAUCGGUAGUCGUGAACGGGACAUAUACGAAGACUGGGUCAGCAUGUGCCAUUUGACCUGCGGCAUCGAUAUAGGCUGACCCAGGAUUCAGACGAAGAGGCAUCUGAUAAUGUUUUAAUUGUUGGGUACCGGUCAGUUGUCGGGUUAGUAUGGGGCUACGUGGAGGGGCGUCAGUUAAAGGUUCCGGUCGAGAGGUAAUAGGGCAUGAGGAUGUGGGAACUUGAUUUUGGGAAAAGUUAGUGAAUAGUAUACUCCGAGCCGAGCUAGAAGAAGCUUGACCGGAAGUUUGAAGUGGCGCCAAAUCAGGAUAUUCAAAUCUAAUGGGGGUUGGUCCUGGUUCCGGAAGGGGAGUUUUAAUACGAGGGGGGGUGGAUUCUGUACUGGAGGAGGAAGCGGAAGUGGAUGGGGGCAAUAGGGGAAGGGGUGCAGAGCUUCCUGCAUUCGCGUCACUUCCUCUUAAAGGAAAGUAAGGAGGCGGCAAAGGGAUCUCGGACUCAGGGGGCGUGUCCAAAAUGGGCCUAACACCAGUCCUAGUGGACAAACAAGUCCUGGCCACCAUGAGGCGACAUUGCUCCUCGUGGCAUAUCCGGAUCCAUUUUGGCGAGUCGUUUACGGCCUGCCCCCAACAAUCAAUGUAUGGAAACUGUCCGUAAAGUUCAGGCCUACCUGACACAGCCACGUGUACACGCUGUACCAGGGUUGGAUCCAAACUGCCACGCGGCGGCCAUGCCGCAACCAAAAUAGGCCACUCCCUAGUGCACAAAGUGACCAAACGUACAGGAGACAUUUUAACCCCAAAAUCACAUGUUUUGAAUCCCUUUUUAAAAUUCUUUACCAUACAACCUAAGGGAUCCGAAAUCGUUGACUCUGACGCGCCCAUACUUAUCAAUGGAACGUCGUUGACAACGAAUACUAUGCACGCGUUCUUAUUCAACAGUCACACCCGUUUCCUCUGGCAACAGCACCACGUGGUACAGUUACCGAGUGAAACGUACACAAUAACACAAUAAUCACUCAGGGAAUUCCCGUACACACACAGCUGUUACACCAGUCACUAAAUAAUCAAUAUUAUGCCCUUUGGCGAAACUAUACAGUCACCCACGCUAUAAUUCUCUAUAUAUGAAUUACCCGUCUAUAACACACCCCAGUAACAUCGUCUUUUACUAGUAUCGGUUACAGUACGGUUAGCAUAGGUCAAAGCACAAUUUAAGGUCACAAUACAAUUAUUAGUGGUUACGGUGUUAAACAUGCAAUAGACGACAAUGAUUAGUACUUAUAUACAGUGUCAGUAAAUAUACAGGGUUAUGGUACCGUGCACUAUGAUACAGCAACACACUAUUAACACUCUCGCUAGACGGCUGAGCUCGCGCUAUCUAACAAGAUAUACACUUUACUAACAAUCUUUAACACAUUUACAAUCCCAACUAAACUAUUGGCCAGUACCUUGAAUGGACUACCUAAAACUAUAUACACCCGUUUUGGUUAGCCACACUGCCCAAACACCACAUAUAGCGAACUAGAGGGCGAAAUUUACAAAAUUGCCCUUCUAGUCUAUUUACUCUAUCAAAAGUCUAGUGGGUUCCAAAUUUACACGCCUUCCCACUUAGCCAAGAUAGGUUGAGAGCUAGCGAACCGAAUUUACACAGGCGCCGCUUAGUCUCCCGGUCCCUCCGACCUAGCGAACGUAAUAUACACCCUAGAACGCUAGUCUAGACAAGACACCGGUGUCCGGCUAGGGCUAUUUACACAGGACCCCGCCUGACUAACCAGAUCAAACGGUCUUACUAAAGAGCGUUCGAUCGAGCGGUGCGCCUUCGCUCCUUCCCUCCGACAGAGGGGGCAGAUUCCAUACACAGAUUUAAACCCCUUUUGGGCCUACCGCACAAUCGGUAUACCCCUAGUGGGUCUGCCGUCUAAAACAGCAGUUGUCUUACCUCCUCGUUCCUGAACCUGAGUUCACACUCAUCGACGGGGACACCCCAGCACUUCUUACGUAGAGGCCGAUGAUCUCCUGGACAACAGACCAGUGGCGCCGAGACGAAGGGAGGUCCACGCAGAAGUUCAGGGGUGCAGCCGUAGAGAACGUGGGCAAAGAUAGACCGUCUCACGCCUCUGCCUCUCAGCUACCGUUGAACGAUGAGCUUCCCGGCCAAUGCACCAAAUGAUACCGGAGAAACUGACGGAAGCAAAGCACAGAGGGAUGGACACAGGUUUCUUCAGGAAGGAAGAGAUUCUUUAUUGGAUCACCGAUCGGGACUCAGAGGGACUAAUGUCACCAAAAAUACAGCAAGUUCUGAGCCCUGAACAAUAGUGCAGGCUCCCUAUAUAGGCACAUAACUCCUCCCAUAUUAAGCUCCACCCGCACAUUCUCUUGACCAAUCAUUACAAAUAAGAAUUAACUUCCUGCUUGACCGCAUGGCUUGUCCAGCACAAUGGAGGAGGGGAAUACUACAUCCUGUAUUCUUGCACAUGCUCCGUACACUACUGAUCGUAUCUUGCCUCGUGCAACCAACUGAUCGAUACGUCAGCAUAUGCACGUACACAUGCCACGUGGUAAUCUCGGCCUACUAAAUUUAUUUUUACCGAGAUUCCACCACAUAAUCUCCACAGCCACAAUCGAGGCAUAGAGAUUUAAAGGGAACAAGGGAGAAGAAAUCUUGUGUAAAUACCAAAAAAAAAAAAACAACAGUUACCAUCUUAAUGCACUGACAUAUUGCUCAACCAAAGAGUUUUCUCACGCAUCGUGAUCAUAGAUAAAAUGUGGAAAAUACACCCAGGCACCAUAUUACAGGAUCAUAUCCUAAAUAUUCAUAGAUCCAUGCAGUGUAAGGAGAUCUACAGUUUACAUUUAACUGGAAAAUGGAAAAAUGUCACUGCUGGGUAAGAUGGAGUUUGUGAUACUAAAUUAUCUCUGAUCCCGUGGUGAUAUAAUGAUAACUAUGUGUUAUACUUAGCCAGGCUGUUUGUGUCCUCUUGAAUUAAUGCUCGUGAUAACUCCUCCUUUUGGAUGACAUUGGGUAUCUUUCUGAAGAAAAAAACCCUCUAAUUUUUGUAUUUGUCUGUCUUGGAAAACAAAAUGAUAUAACACCAAUUCCCACAGAUUGGGAAAUAAAUGUCUUUGGUAAUUUUAUAAUUUAAGAAUAGCUUAAAUAAAGGAAACUCCAAGCCCCAGAUAUAACAUGGCGAUGGCAGCAUGUGAUGGUGAUGGCAAUGAUGAAGACUGGCGCCAAGAUGGUGAGCAGCAGUGAGCCAAAGAUUGGGGGACAAUUGAUGCUUUAGCACCGAUACACCCUCACCUUCUCACUAAAUUACCUUUUGGAUUUCAUGAAAAGAGUCAAAAAAUGCGCCCGUUUUUCACAUCUUUGGUUAUUAACGCUUGCACGUGAACUAAAAUGGGUUUAGCAACAUUUCCAUUUUAGUAUAGAUGACUUCCGAGCUUUUGAGAUGUCAUCGUGCUUUGUGCAUUGAUGUGCCCUAUGUUGUGUAAUUUGGGUUUUGGUUGGGACGAUUAUUCCUCCUCGUGGAUUUAUCACACUCUUUUAAUAUAUGUUCUGUUCUUCCAACAGAGAGUCACUAAUGAUUCAUAGGAAAAUUGUUAUUUUUAUGGUUACAUUACAAGGCUUAUAAAAUAAAACUUAAUGAAGAAUAAUAUCUCAAGGUUUAUUACUAGUAUUCAGAAUUUCACAGAGUGUUAGAAUUUAGCAUUCACUGGCUUCUAUAACUGUAAUUAGAAUAUCACAGUUUAUUGUGUCUUUGUUUUUAAGGGCUGGUUGUAAAAGAAAUAAACUCCUCAACUUCUAGCUCUUCGGAAACUGUUGUAAAACUUCGAGGACAAAGCAUUGAUUCUCUUCCACAGGUAAGACUCCAGUGAAAAUCUGGACAUUAUGAUAUGAUUGCUAGAUUAAUGUUAUUGUAUACUGCAUGGUAGAAAGAGGAUCCAGGUACUCCAAGUAUCUUGAAUUGUAUUUAUUUGGAUAAGUGAGACACUGUCAAUCUUGACAAAGACCCUUUUUUAGGGGUCGCGACGUUGUGGUUUCUCACUUAUCCAAAUAAAUACAAUUGAAGAUACUUGGAGUGCCUGGAUCCUCUCUCUACCACUGAAAUCUACUCCCUGGGGCUGGUGCUGGCCCGUGGUCCAGUUUAGCACCCGGAUCUUCACGUGAAUGGAGAGCAGUUUGUUUUUCCUCUCCAUAAACAUUGGAUUUACUCUGCAAAUUCCAAGAUCUACUUCAUGGUCAUGAUUAAUUUGCAGAUUUUAUUUAAAAAAUUAUCCAUCAAAGAAUGUGUUAAACCUAAUGUGGUUUCCACUUCACAGUAUGCUUCUUAUAAUUAUAACAAAACUAGAUUUUCACUGAAUUCUGGACAAAUUGUUAGUGAAUGGAUCUUACAGAGAUCAUUGACACAUCUGACGACACUGGAUAAUCAAACCUUAAAGAUACACACCCUUAGAUUGUACCAACCCCAUUCGUAUCCACAAUGGCAAUCGAAUCCAUCCUCUGUAAAGCCCGGUCAGAAUCCACCAUUUAAAUAAGUGUGUAGAGAUACUACAGAUAUCGCAAGGUAUUCGACAUUAGCCACCAUCAUUUCCAUGCUCAUUCCAAUGUCAGCUGAGAAUCAUGGGGUUUGUAACUAUACAAUAGAUACGAGAUAGAUGACCUCUGAUGGACAUUACCCGGAACUGCAGACCCACCAAAAGCCACACACAUUAACCCACAGAUUCAUAUUCGUCUUAGUUACUAUGAUGAAAGAAUUAAUUCUGUGUCUAUCUUCCAUCAGAAUUAACUGACCCGCAGUGUUUUCAUCAUGGUUUUUCUAUAGAAGUGUCAUGUAAACAUUUCAAAGAGAUUUACAUAUAAAGUUAACUACAUUUUUAUGAUACUUCCAGAUCAUGUUAAAAUUUGUCUCCAUGCCUUCAUCUUAUUUGACAUUUCUUGUUGAUCAUAUCUUUUUGCUAAAUUAUAUUACAGACUGCAAGCAGGAAACCAAAGACUUCCACGGACCGUCACAGUUUGAGUCUGGACGACAUCCGUUUGUAUCAAAAGGACUUCUUGCAGAUAGCCGGCCUUUGUCAAGACACUGCCCAGAGCUACACGUUUGGCUGUGGUCAUGAUGUAGGUGACAGAGGACGUUAUUGUAAUGGCUGCCUGGCCCAACAAUGUAUUAACAUUCAGGAACCGAUUUCCACCAAGAAAGCCAGCAAAUACUUCUCUCUGGACCUCCCUCACGAUGAUGUUCCUGAAUUUGUUGUAUAAGACUCAGACUCUAUCAUGUGCAGGCCUGGUUGCCUGCAGUGUCAAAAAAGAGGUCACCUCUUCUUACAAACAUUUGUCAAUUAAUUUUUUUUGUAGAUGAAUUUUUACAGCUUUGUAUUUUUUUUACACAUUGUAUCAGAAAAGGUACGCCUUUUGUUUACAGGACUCCCAUGUUAUUGAGAAGAAGGUUCUGACACAAUUUCCACGUUAAGAAUAUCGUGAUGGAGAUAUGGGGGAUCGAGUGUACUAUUGAAGAGGUGUUACCUCGCAAGCCAAAGAUUAGUGAAUAUAUCACUAACAAAAUAAGGGAAAAGAAGAGUACAACUGGAAAAGUCAGAGACUUGUCAAAAAAUUUAAGCGACAAUCUUUAACGUAGAGAAGACGUAUCCUGGCGGAGGUGUCCACAGUUCAUCUUUCAACUCUCGUCUGGAAAUAAGGAAAAUGUAUUAUCCACAGACAGCAGAAAGAGCGGAGGCUGGACUCACUAUAUAUACCCAUCGCCUAGUCGUCUCAUGAAUAAAGAAUAUACUGUGUUCCAUACUGAGAUGACAAUAUUCAGAAAUAAUUGAAUGUUGCCCUUUGCACUACUGUAUGCAUUGACAAAGGAUAGCUCAAAAAAUGGUCAAAGAGGGCUCCAGCAAUGACGGUAUAACCUUAUAAAACAGGAAUCAAUUUGGGGCCAAGUGAUCAGUUUCUUAAUCACAUUCUACAAAAAACAUGUUCCAUAGGGAAGAAAGCUUUCUGUUGACUGUUUUAUAUUUUACACUUUGCACUAAUAUGACCAGAAUCGUGCUUACAAAUCAUGAAUAGUUUGACAGCGUGUUUCCCAGACCAGUCCUCAAGACCCACCAUCAGUCCAGAUUUUGUCAGUAUCUCCAUUGGAAUAAAAAGGGGAAAUACAUAAAUCCUGGCUUGUUGGUGGGCCAUGCAGGAGUCAGAGCGUAAAGACCCAUUAAUGUGUCAAACCAAAUUGUCAAUUUUACACCAAAAUAAGAUGGAAGAAUAUCUGAUUUGGAGAACUGCGACCAAUUCAGGUAUUUAAGGCUACAUUUUGUAAUCCCAUUG